GUGGGGUCCCGGCUGUGGACCUGGUCUGCCUCUCUCCUGCCGACCCUGCACAGUGCCCAGCUUGGUGAGCCCUGCUGCAGGUGUGGAGCUGGGGCUGCCCAGGCGCUCUGACAAGGAAAGGCAGGUGGAGCCCCGGAGCCAUGGGCAGUGUCCUCGGUGGAUGGGGGAGAGGGUCCCUGAACUCUGGCUGCUUAUUGCUCGCACUGACUCUUACUUUCUGAUCUUGUUUUACUGGGUCUCUGUCCCUUGGCUGGUUUUUCAUCUUUUUCUUUGUUUUCUUUUGAGACAGUCUCUCUUUGUCCCCCAGGCUGGAGUGCAGUGGCACGAUGAUCUCAGCUCACUGCAACCUCCACCUCAUGGGUUCAAGGGAUUCUCCCCCCUCAGCCUCCCAAGUAGCAGGGAUUACAGGUGCCCACCAUUGCACCCGGCUGAUUUUUGUAUUUUUAGUAGAGAUGGGGUUUUACCAUGUUGACCUGGUCUUGAACUCUUGACUUCAGGUGAUCUGCCCACCUCAGCCUCCCAAAGUGCUGGGAUUACAGGUGUGAGCCACCAUGCCCGGCCAGGUUUUUCAUCCUUUAAGCCACGGAUUUUCCUUUUAUUCAGGCGGAUAAGAAAACACGUUCAAAUGUUUUGUUUUCAGGCUGGGCUGAAAGCCCACGAGGAUGGCAGUUAUGAUGAAAUAUGGGGAGCAGCAGGUCCUGUGGAGCCCCUUCCCUCUGGUGUGGUCAGACAGAGGGCCUCUCCCAGGGCAGAGGCUGCCCAGUCCUGUCUAAUGCUGAACUGGGUGCUGUGGGCUCUGAACACACAGGGUAGGGGGAAACUCGAGCAUCCUCAGAAAAGCACUGGGUGGAGCCACCUUUCCCCAAAUCGGGGGCUGUGCUUGGGCCUGGGGCGUGCUGAGGGAGGCCUUGUCUUUCCCCAGCGCCUGGCCUGUCUGUCCUCAGACUGUGGAGAGGAGUGGAUUUAAUCCCAGCCAGGAUGGUGGGGUCUGCCCAGAGGUGCCUCACACCCACUAGUCUCUGCACAUACGUGGGUGCUGACAGGUAGCUGGGGUUCAGGUCAUGGCACUGACCUGGGGAGUGGCCAUCCUGGAGCUUUUCAGAACAGUUCUUCCUGCACUGGGCACCCCAAGGGAGCCGAGGUGGAUGCCUCUGAGGGGCUAAGAAGCCAAACCCAGGAGCUCUUGCACCCUGGGUGGGACCAGCCCUGGGUUCUGGACAGAAUCUUGGGGCUGGGUGCACCUGUAUGUCUGUGCCUAGGCAGCUCCUGCGGUCAGGAGGGAAGCCAUGCUGGAGGUGCCAAGAGGAGAGCGGGUCCUUGGGGGCAGCUUCUGCUGUUGUCUCUUGUUUGGGGAGAUUCCUGUGCCCAGUGGGACAAGAGGGAACUGCAGCUCGUGGGGUGCAGUGUGGGGGGCAGGUGGUGGGUUCGGCCCAGCCCAAAUCCCCCAGGGGCUCCCUGGCAUCUCUGUGCAGCUUCUAUUUGGAGGCAGCGUUAAGACGAAUCGUGAUAUUGAAAACCCUGUGUGGUUUGCCUGGACUCACAGCUUUUGAGGAUAAUGGAAGCAGGUGUGUUUAAUUUAAUUGGAGCUGUAAGUAGCUCCAGCGGAAUAAAAGCUGAGGCUGUUCCCCCUCAACCGCUCGUUGACAAAGGCUGACCUGGAUGAUGUUGGGCUGUGAUCAUUCUCAGACAUUUUUCUCUCCAGCCUUGACUUGCCUCCAAGACGUGGAGUCGUCUCAACAUCAUAUCCAGAUAAUGACUGUGGAUUCUUUGGAAGAGAAAAGCAAUUUCAAUGUAAAUACACAUAUCCAGGCCUUGAUUUAUAGAAACAGACACUAUUUGAUGUUUUUCUACAGUGCACUGAAGGUCUAGAAAAUAGCAAAGCCGGUGGUGCCUAAUCGUGGAAAACUGCUUUGCGUGGCAGACGGGGAGUGAUAGAAGUGUUCCCGCACUGCUGGCUCAGAUUUAUUGUUGCCAUGGUGACUGGGUUAGCCCGUGGCUGGCAGGCCAGGGGUGCAGCAGCCCAGGGUGCAAGGGGGGUGGCUGCGAGUCCAGAACAUUCUGCCACCAGCCGCAGGGGCUCUUUCUCUCCCUCUGGCAUGCUCUCUUUCUUUCCCCCUCUCUUUUCUUAAGAUACAUGUAGGAAUAUAUAAUCUUAUCAAGCUUGGAUAUGUUUUUAAAAUGUCCAACAGACCUUGUUAAUAAAAAGAAAGUCAAAAGAUAAACAUACAGUCUCACACCCAUCAGGAUUGCCGCUAUUAAAAAAGCCUGGGCCGGGCGCGGUGGCUCACGCCUGUAAUCCCAGCACUUUGGGAGGCCGAGGCGGGUGGAUCAUGAGGUCAAGAGAUCGAGACCAUCCCAGUCAACAUGGUGAAACCCCAUCUCUACUAAAAAUACAAAAAAUUAGCUGGGCACGGUGGCGUGUGCCUGUAAUCCCAGCUACUUGGGAGGCUGAGGCAGGAGAAUUGCCUGAACCCAGGAGGCGGAGGUUGCGGUGAGCCGAGAUCGCGCCAUUGCACUCCAGCCUGGGUAACAAGAGCGAAACUCCAUCUCAAAAAAACAAACAAACAAAAAAUCCUGAAAAUAGGUGUUGGUGAGAAUGUGGAGAAAUUGGAGCAGUUGUGCACUGCUGAUGGGAAUAUAAAAUGGCAUAGUUGCUGUGGGAAACAGUAUGCUGGUUUCCUAGAAAAUUAAAAAUAGAGUUGCUGUAUGCUUCAGCAGCUCCACUUCUGGGUACGUACCCCAUAACACAGGAAGCAGAGGCUUGAGCUGUUUGCACACUCACGUUUGUAGCAGUUAUGCACAGCAGCCAAAGGCGAAAGCAGCCCGGUGUCCGUUGAUGGGCAAAUGGAUAAGUGAGGCGUGGUCCAUCAGUGUCGUGGAAUGGUACGCAGCCUUGAAGAGGAAGUGUGUGCUGGCACCUGCUGCAACAUGGAUGGACCUUGAGGAGGUUAUGCUGAGUGAAAUCAGCCAGUCACAAAAGGACAAAUAUUAAAUGAUUUCACACCUGUGACAUACCAAGGGUAGCCAAGUUCAUAGAGACAGAAGGUAGAGUGAGGGGGCCAGGACCUGGGGGACAGUCGGGGUGUCAGUGUUUAAUCGGUAGAAUUUCAAUUUGGGACAGUGGAAAAGUUCUGGGGAUGGAUGGUGGUGAUGACUGAUGGACAGCGUGAAUGUAAUUAAUGCCACUGAACUGUACACUUAAAAACGUCUAAGAAGGUAAACUUUAAUGUGACACAUAUUUUACCACAAUAUGGAAUUGAAACUAUGAGCUUACACGCUCUGCAUGUUCUUGUCUAAUGUAAGCAAGUGCUUCAGCUGUAAGGUUUUAGGCCAUUUCCCUCAGGAGGAAGUAGUGAUUGGAAACUUUAACGUGACCCCGGGAUCAAUUCCUUGGAAAUUCAUAACUCUGGAGUAAUUGUGGUUAUUACAGAAAAAACGACAAGGGUUCUGAAAAUGAUAGCUUAAGGUUAAGCAGUCACAGCUGGGCACAGUGGCUCACACCUAUGAUCCCAGUAUUUUGGGAGGCCGACGUGGGUGGAUCACAAGGUCAGGAGAUCGAGACUAUCCUGGCUAACACGGUGAAACCCCGUCUCUACUAAAAAUGCAAAAAAUUAGCUAGGUGUGAUGGCAUGUACCUGUAGUCCCAGCGACUUGGGAGACUGAGGCAAGAGAAUUGCUUGAACCUGGGAGGUGGAGGUUGCAGUGAGGUGAGAUUGCACCACUGCACUCCUGCCUGGCAACAGAGUGACACUCUUGUCUCAAAAAAAAAAAAAAAGGAUAAAGCAAUCACAUGAUCCUGGAACAGGUUGUAGAAAGAGAGUUUAGAUGCUGUUACAUGGGCAUACUAAAUAUGAGGAAAACAGGUUUCAAAGAAUUUUUAAAGCAGAUUUGAUUUCAUGGUUGAUAACUUUAAACAGGACACAUCAAAAACAGGUGGUAUGUCCUAAAAAUUCUAAAGUAUAAUGAUCAACUACUCCAUAAUAGAAAAAAGGAAAACACAUCUGUGAAGAUUGAAAAAGACCAUGCAUAUGUCAGGAAGUGAGCUGGUUGUUUUCACAAGCAGCUGGUGGGAGUGCAGCUGGGCGCAAUCCUAGUGGACACUGACUGGCCAGCACGUUCAUGCCACGUUAAGUGUGGUAGCCUGUGACCCAGCAAUCUGAUUUGUGAGAAUAUGCCCCAAGAAAAUAAUCCAUUACCCAAAAUACUAAAGAAAAGUUAAAGCGCAAAAAUGUUCUUUGCAGUGAUGUUGAUGUCAAUUUUAAAACAGUAGAUAGAUGGUUAAUAUUAAACAAAUGGGAAUGCUUCUUUAAAGCUAUGUUACGUUCACAUGAUUCAGAUGUUAAGCAGAUAUGAAAAGGGACUGUGCAAAAAGUUGUUAAUAACAUCAGAAAGUGCAGGUGGUAGAAAGUAAAUGAAAAACUCAGGAUCCAAAACUGUAUGUCUAACAUGAUGACAGCUAUGUGAAAAUGUGGAUAGCAGAAAAAGCUACAACACAUACACCAAACUGUGAAUAGUGGUUCUCUCUGGGUAGUGACUUUUAUUUUCUUCAUAUUUCUCUGGUUUUCCAGUAUUUCACAUGAACACAUUCCUGUUAGAAGAGAGGUGGGAAGGAGGCACGUGAAGGAAGCACCACUCCCUUUUAGCGCCAUCCCUAAAGACAGCCACCCAGAAAGGAGGGGAGGCCCCAGUGCAGGAGGGCACAGAGGUGUGGCUGAGCUUCUAGGAGUGCGUCAGGAUGACCACACCAUAGCACUGGAGCCCAGGGGCAGAAACCCUGACGUCCAGGAGGGCAAGAGGAGCGAGUCGCAUCUCUGCUUAGAGGGAGGUGGAAGAACAGUGACAGGUGCUGGAGGAAUGGCUCAACUAUACCCUGUUGGCUCAUGGCUUGUGGGUCAGGGCUGAAUUAUGCUGUGAUGACCCACAAGCCCUGCGCUCGGUGGCCCAGGUGACAUGGGCCUGCGGCCGCUGCAGGGUGUGUGCCUUCCCUCUGCAGGUGCCCUCCCGGGAUGUUGCCAGCUGGGGUCACAGCAACAGCUGCUGGGAGGGGUGGACUUGUGCUCAUGGCUCACUCUGCUGGCCACGUUGAUGGUGGGGAGGCUCUUCCUGCAGCCGACUCCCCGUGGUGGGCUCCCAGCCACAGCCUCCCCAUCUCCAACAGCAGCACCUUCUAUUCCAAGCCCUUUCUCCACUGAAGAGGGCAGAACGUCACCAGGAAAGGUGAUGUCUCUGACAGUGGAGUGUUGUUCGGCCGUGGAAAAGGAGGAAGGAAGCACCAGCGCAUGCUGAUGCGGAGGAGCCUGGGAAACUCUGUGCUCAGUGGAAGAAGCUGAGUCACAAAAUCACAGGGGGCAUGAGUUCAUUUAUAUUAAAUGUCCAGGAGGCCGGGCUCACAGGCUCAUGCCUGUAAUCCCAGCACUUUGGGAGGCCAAGGUGGGUGGAUCGCUUGAGAUCAGUUCACAAACAGCCUGGCCAACGUGGUGAAACCCCUUCUCUACUGAAAAUACAAAAAUGAGCUGGGUGUGCUGGUGCAUACCUGUAAUACCAGCUACUCUGGAGGUUGAGGCAGGAGAGUUGCUUGAACCUGGGAGGUGGAGGUUGCAGUGAGCUGAGUUUACACCAUUGCACUGUAGUCUGGGCGAUAGAGUGAGAAUCUGUCUCAAAAAAAAAAUAUUCAGGUGAGGUAAGUUGGUAGAGAUGGAAAGUAGGUUGUGGCUGCAUAGGGCCGGGGAAGGCGGCAGGGCAUGGGCAGUGAUGGCGGAGGGGCAAGUUUCCUUUGGUGGUGUUGAGAGGUUCUGAGGAAGAUGGCGGGUUGGUCGAGGAACCCUGAACAUUCAGAAAACCGUUGACUCCUACCCUUUUUUUUUUUUUUUUUUUUUACAGAUUCUUAGAUUCACAUUUACAGUAGACUCCUACACUUUUUUUUAAAGGCAGAGACUUGUUCUGUCACUGAGGUUGGAAAUGUGGUGGUACAAUCCUAGCCUACUGCAUCUUUGAACUCCUAGUCUCAAGUAAUCCUCUCUCCUCAGCCUCCCUAGUAGCUGGGACUACAAGCACACAACAUCAUGCCUGGCUAUUUUUAAAAUUUUUUGCAGAGAUGGAGUCUCACUGUGUUUCCCAGGCUAGUCUUGAACUCCUGACCUCAAGUGGUCCUCCCACCUUGGCCUCCCAAAGUGCUGGGAUUACAGGCAUGAGCCGCUGUGCCCAGCUAACUCCUAUACUUUAAAAGGCUGAAUUGUAUGGUAUGUGAAUUAUGUUUCAGUAAAGCUGUUUUUAAAAAGAAAAAAACUGAGGAUUGAGUGAAGCAAGGGGCUAAGCAUAGAUGAGGACUAGCGAAGGAAUUGUGCUUCCUUAAUAAGGGGUUACGUCCCUGACCCCACACAGAUGGACUUUCUCCCAGGACAUUCAACUCAACACAAAACAACAUGGUUGAAAAUGCUGGCUCCACCAUCUGGGCACAAAGCCAGAGGGAUAAGCACGUCUGUCUCAGAUUCGGGAGUUUUUCAAGCAAACUGUUGCCUCCCAGUGCAACAUAGGUAUGAAAAUGGUUGUCCCCAUAAUGGAAGACUUUGGAAUAUUCAAAUUCAAAAUAUCUUCCUAACUCUUCAAAGCCAUGCCAUUAACCCCAUUUGUUUUCUCAGCCACAGCAAGCAGUGAGGGCCAUCAGUAGGAAAUUAUUUAUUGAGUGAGUGGAUAAAGAAUAAACGAGCCAUCAUUUCAUGGCACAAGAGAUGCCUCCAUAGCCCUCAAAUAAAAGGUUUAUAUGCCAUGGGGGGAAAAGUAAUUUCUCACCCCUCUCCAGUUUCACGGCUGAGAUUUUUGCAACAAAACACAGAUUAACGAGAAAACCCUACCCACGUUUUUCAUACUGGUUUUCUUUUUUUUUGAGAUGGAAUCUCAUUUUGUCACCCAGGCUGGAGUGCAGUGGUGCAAUUUUGGCUCACUGCAACCUCUGCCUCCCAGGUUCAAGAGAUUCUCCUGCCUCAGCCUCCUGAGUACCUAUAAUACUGGUUUUCUAUGUGACAUGGGAGCCUUCAGAAAUGAAGACCCAGGGUUGGGUGUGGUGGCUUACGCCUGUAAUCCAGCACUUUGGGAGGCAGAUCACCUGAGGUUGGGAGUUUGAGACCAGGCUGACCAACAUGGAGAAACCUGGUCUCUACUUAAAAUACAAAAUUAGCUGGGCAUGGUGGUGCCUGCCUGUAAUACCAGCUACUCGGGAGGUUGAGGCAAUAGGAUCUCUUGAACCCAGGAGGCAGAGGUUGCGGUGAGCCAAGAUCACACCACUGCACUCCAGCCUGGGCAACAAGAGUGAAACUCUGUCUCAAAACAAACAAACAAACAAAUAAACAAAUGAAGGAAAGAAAUGAAGACCCAGGAAACAGGGAAGACUAUUGUAUGGACAGUUGUGCAGAAGCGUGAUGAGAGGGCACGGGUGUGCUCUGACACCAAAGGCUGCAGGGCUCAGCAAACCUGUCCACAGUCUUCUAGGCACUUCUGUGUCUUUGGAGAUAAGGACAUUCCCUUCCAGGCCUAGGGAGGCCCCUCUGGAAUGAGGGCCGUAUGACCUGUCUCUGGGGAGAAGGGACCGGGGAAUUCUGGUUUCUGUGGUCUCCUUUUGCUGUUUUCUCAACAGCCACACUGCCAUGUUUUGAGGUGGCUUGUCCUGAAUCCAGUCUAUGUAAAUAUUGCAUAUCAAUUCCCAAAAGUGUGCUUCAGAACUUGCCCAAGAAAAGCUAGUGAAUCGGCUCAUUUGUGAAGAUCAAAAAACCACUGAUUGAGCAUCUACAGGCAGAGAUAUGGUGGGUUCAAUUCUGGGCCAUUGCAAUAAAGCAAAUAUGACAAUAAAAUGAGUCACACAGAUUUUCUAGUUUCCCAGUGCAUAUAAAAGUUACGAUUUACUAUACUGUGGUCUGUUAAUGUGCAGUAGCUCUAUGUCUAAAAAAAAAGUCCAUGCCUUAAACAUGUUAUUUUUAGUUAAAAUUUAGUUAUUUUUAGUUAAGUCCAUGCCUUAAACAUGUUAUUUCAGCAGUGUUGAUGGCUGCUGACCGAUCCGGACUGUGGUUGCUUGAAGAUUGGGCAACUGUGGCAGUUUCUUACACUAAGACAAAUCAAGUUGACGGCAUCAGUUGACUCUCCCUUCACGAAACAUUUCUUUGUAGCACAUGAUGCUGUUUGAUAGCAUUUUAUCCACAGUAGGAUUUUUUUUUUAAAUUAGAGUCAGUCCAGAGCCAGGUACAGUGACUAAUGCCUAUAAUCCCAGCACCUUGGGCUACAAAUCAAGACUCCAUCUCAAAACAAUGAAAAAAUCCCGCAAAAAAAUUAGAGUCAAUUCUUUCAAACCCUGCCACUGCCUUAUCAAGUUUAUGUGAUAUUCUACAUCCUUUGUAGUGAUUUUUGCAAUGCUCACAGCAUCUUCACCAGGAGUAGAUUCCAUAUCAAGAAACCACUUUAUUUUCUUAUCCCUAAGAAGCAACUACUCAACCUUUUAAAGUUUUAUCACGAGAUUGUGGUAAUUUGGUCACAUCUUCAGGCAGUACUACUCGUUCUAGUUCCCUCGUGGUUCCCAUCACAUCUGCGUUCCUUCCUCUUCUGAAGUCUUGAAUCCCUCAGAGUUGUGCAUGAGGCUUGGAAUCAGCUUCUUCCAAACUCCUGUGCCUGUUGCUAUUUUGACCUCCCUCCAUGAAUCACAACUGUUCUCAAUGACAUCUAGAAUGGUGAAUUUUUUCCAGAAGGUUUUCAGUUUACUUUACCCAGAUCAAUCAGGGGAAUCACUGUCUAUGGCAGCUAUCAUCUUACAAAGUGUGUUUUAAAAUAUGUUUUGAAAAUGGAAAUUAUCUUUUGAUCCAUGGGCUGCAGAAUGGAUGAGGUAUUAGCAGGCAUGAAAACAGUAUUCAUCUCCUUGUACAUCUCCAUCAGAGCUCUUGGGUGACCAGAUGCACUGCUAAUGAGAAGCCAUAUUUUGAAAGGAAUUUUUUUUUGAGCAGUAGGUCUCAAUAGUGAGCUUAAAAUUUUCGGUAACCCAUUGCAUAAAGAGAUGUGCUUCAUCCAGCUUUGUUCCAGUGCACAGUCAUACAUUUAGCAUGAUUUUAUGGGCCCUGGGAUGAGCACGCAUUGGCUUGGACUUAAAGUCCUCAGCUGCUUUAGCCCCUCACAAGAGAGCCAGCCUGUCCUUUGAAGCUCUAAGUCAGGCACUGACUUCUCUCUAGCUAUGGAAGUCCUAGAUGGCAUCUUCUUCAAUGUAAGGUUGUUUCAUCUACAUUGAAAAUCUGUUGUAAGAGUCGCCACCUUCAUCAAUGACCUCAGCCAGAUCUUCUGGAGAGCUUGCCGCCACUUCUCCAUCAGCACUUGCUGCACCUUGCACUGUUACGUUAUGGAGACGGCUUCUUUCCGUAAUCCUCAGAAACCAACCUCUGCCUGCUUCAGAGUUUUCUUCUGCAGUUUCCUCACUUCUCUCAGCCUCCACGGAAUUGAAGAGUUAGGGCCUUGCUCUGGGUUCGCUUUGGCUUAAGGGAAUCUUGUGGCUGGCUCAGCCUUCUGUCCAGACCACUCAGAUUUUCUCUGCAGGAGGAGGAAGGCGGUUUCACUUUCUCAUUUUCUGCAGCAGCACUUUUAAUUUUCUUCCAGGACUUUUCCUUUGUGUUCACAACUUGCCUAACUGAUUUACACAAGAAGCCUCAUUUUGGGCCUAUUCUUGGCUUUUGGCAUGACUGCCUCACUAAGUUUAAUCAUUUCUAGCUUCCGAUUUACAGUGAGAGAGAUGUGGCUCUUUCUUUCACACAAACACUUAGAGGCCAUUGCAGCGUUGCUGAUUAGCCUAAUUUCAAUAUUGUCGUGUCUCAGUGCAUAGGGAGGCCUGAGUAGAGGGAGAGAGCUGGGGGAUGGCUGGUCAGAACACACGCAGCCUUCAUCAGUUAUGUUCCCUGUCUCAUAUGGCACCGUUCCUGGUACCCCAGAAUGACAGAAUGAUGAUGACAGUAACAUGGGAGAUCACAGAUCACAGCUCAGGGACCCAACACUGUGGAAAUUGCCAAAACUUAGCAAAGAGACGGCAAUGAGGACGUGCUGCGGGGAAAGCAGUGCCGAUCCCCUGGGUCCACACAGGGUCGCCACAGGCUUCAGUGUGAAACGCAGCCCCUGCGACAUGGAACAAAGCUGGGUGUGACUGUGCGUCUUGCUGCCAACGUGCUCCUCAGAAGGUCAUGCUCCUCAAACUCUUUAUUUAGGUCUGGUCAAGCAGUGAAGUCAGUUUGUGCUGCAGAAACACUUACCAGACCCUACCUUCUUGGAAUCUAGAAUCCCAAUUGGGAAAUUCUUGCUGUGUAGAGAACCAGCAGCUCAGUCAUUCCGCGAUGCUGCUGACGUUAUCCGAACAGUAGUCAUUCUCCAGAGCAGGAGCCACGGCUCUCAUAGCAGUGAGGACAGCGACCACUGCACUGUAGAGCUGGCUUGCGCACAUGACCUGUGGUACCCUGUGAGCUCUCUGAGGAUUAGCUUUCAGGCCCUGGGGCGUCCGGGGAGUGCAAGGCUCAUUCUACCCGCCCCCACAGGCAGCACCCGGGACAGUCUCUCCACCACGAGGCCUCAGCAUUUCAGGCUCUCUGAGUGGUUUGUGAUUCACAGAGCGUAGAUCUCUCGGCUGCUACCUCAUCUUUUUUCCAAACUCAUUGUGCUUUUCCACAGCCUCCCAGGUGUCAAAUUAAAACUUAAUACUCGAUUUUUUCCAGUUCCAUAAAACAGAACAGCUUCGCGUGUCAGAGUUGUUGCAGCACGCUGGUGGCCCCCAGAUCGCAACAGGAGCUGGCAGACACAGCCUGUGAAAGCUAAUCAUGAAGAUGAGGGAAAAAUGUUCUGAGCUCGUCCAACAGAAGCGUUCACUUGACCUCUUCCUUCAGACCUCAAGAAAGCUGUAGUCAGGAGAGUGGAGGAGUGAGGGAGGGAGGCUGUCAGAGCCCUCGGGAGCUCCAGGCCUCUGCAACAACAUGCAGGCUGUUCUGUAUUGAGCGCUCACAGAAAGCUCACGGCUGAAUACCUCCUGUGCCACGCUGUUCCACUCACAUUGACUGACAGCCCCACUCACAGCCUUAGGGUGAGGCCAUUGGAAUAAGUGACUUGCUCUAGGCUACAGCUCUCGGGCAGCCAGUUUGCACCUCGGUCUGUCUGCGUCUCUGGCCCCUGCUCUUUACCUCUUCUGCCCUGAGUCACUCUCUCAUAGGUCCCAUUCUGUGGUGCGUCCACAGCUGAGAAAGACAAGAGCCACUGCCCCCAGCAGUGUGUGAGUAUCGUUAGAUUUGCGUUUCCCCACGACUGCUGCAGUGAAAUGUGUUUUCCUGUCCUGUGGGGCCACUUUCAUCUCUUCUUUAAGUUGCUGCUCCCAUCUUUGCCACCUUCCCACUGAGUUUUGUCUUUGUCUUGGACUGUGUAGGAGCUCCUUGUCAUUGGGAAUAGGGACAUGUCUGCCACACAGGCUGCUGAUUAAACACUUGCUGAAUCACAUCUCUGUACGGCGGCAUGUAUGCAAGUCAGAGCCCACCUUUGUAAGCUGUGUUUCUUGUCUGUCCCCAACAGUCCUCCUGAUGUGGAACCUUCAAUGGCUCCCUCUUUCCCACAGGAUCAAGUUGAAACCGAAGACCAGUCUUGGGCUGUGUGGUCCCUCUCUGUGUGAGUCCAGCUCAGUGAUGCAUUGAAAGCAGCUUCCUUAUCAGGUUAACUUUGGCAUCACUCCCACUCCACUUUCUUUCCCAGGCCCUUGUCACGGCUCCCCAUCCCACCCAGUCUUUGAGAUUGGAGCAGGCCUCUGCCUCCUCAUUUGUUACAGAUGUGCUAAGCCUUCCUUUAUUGCCCGUCCCCAGAGACACCCAACGUCACCCUACUCACAGCACCAAAUGCCUGGAGAAUUGUCGAGGUUUGUGCUUUAACGCCCCUCCCAGUUUGCAGUUUCUCGAGUGUCUGUAAGGAGCUCCUUUCUCUCCUCUAGCCGUCCACUGCAGUGCACCUGCAGGAGUGUUGGCUGAUUUCUGGACAGUUUGGGUCCUGGGGACCAGGCCUAGCAGUCAUGGACUGAGCCUUCUUGAAUCUCAGCCACGCUGUGGCUCCCAUGCCGUGUGAUGACCCACUUGGUCCAUUCUCUUGGCCACCGCGCCUGCCCCGCACUCCGUGGUCACUCUCCAUUUGUCCUGGCCCACUUGCCCCUACUUGGUUCUUCCCACUUGGUUUCUUGCCCCUCAGGCUCUUGGUCCUACCCCUGCCCCACUGGCCAAUGCUAUCUCCCCUUCUCUGUCUUCAGACACCUUCCUGUUUCCUGGCCAAGGUGGAUGUGUGGAGAUGUGUCAUGGCAGAGUUGGGGACACCCACUGUGCUCCCUGCCUGUUGGCGCAGCUUGGUCCCCAUGGGGGCUGCAACGAGCAACCUGGCCAUGGCUUGACUGAGCUUUUAGUUGAUUUUUCCAGAAGGGCACGUCUGCAGCCAGCAUGGGGCCCAUCCACAUCCCAGGCCGGGCAGAAAACCGGGUGCGAGGGGUGGGCGGUGCUGCCUUGGAAAUGGCAUGGAUUUCUGUAAACUUGCAGGAAGCAUAUACUACUGGGGUGUCAUUUUUAUUUUUCGCUUUAUUAAAAAAUUCAGCCCAUUCUUUUAAAUCAAAUUCUCUGUGUGGCCCCUGCUCUUGAGCCCACUUUGGUGGUAUUUUAGUAGGCACAGUGGCAGCAAAGUCUGAUUGUAUAAGAAGGGAAGGUGUUGGCCAUUAUGGUUUUACUCACUUUGGUGGUAUUUUAGUAGGGACGAUGGCAGCAAAGUCUGAUUGUAUAAGAAGGGAAGGUGUUGGCCAUUAUGGUUUUGCCCACUUUUCUCUUACAGGAGCAUCAAUUAAAAAAAUGAAUUGUACAUAUAUGGAUAUAGUCAAAGUGAAUAGUUUGCAACUAUCUAGAAUAAAAAGCAAAAAUUCCUUUUGUGUCCCUUCACCACAUCUCAGUCCCACUCGGAGGUAACAGACAUUUCCCAUUUGCUGUAUGCCCUGUUUUCUGGGCAUGUUAAACUAUGUCAGGUAUGACUGCUUGGUAUGUGCUUAAUGAAGAAAAUCUAGUCGCCAGUACAGGGAAAUGGUCUCACCAUCUUUGCAUUAUUAGUAAUGAACGGGACCAUCUAGGUUGUCCCAGCCACCUUGUGAGCAGGGCCCUGCCCCUUCAUCCUCUCCGAGGGGCUGUGGCAGCCGAAGACCCACAGCCAUGAGACACAAAACCACAUCACUCGUGUGACCGGCAGUCUCAUACCACUCCCAAAUUCCAAUUAAUCAAACCUAAAAGGGGGUGGAAACUAAUUACUGAAUUGAACUGUGUGAAGCUCAGCUUAAUUUGGUAUAUUUACAGGAAAAGCAAUGUGAUAUUGGGCCUUCAGAUUAAUGACUUGAGGCGAGUUAAAAUCAGUUCAGCACAGUUUGGAUCUCACAGACACAUGAGCUCCGAUGUGUGAGCGUGACACCAGCCAGUGGGCUCUGAAGAUGCCAUUCGCUCCUCAAACUUUGCAGGCUUCUCUCUUACCAGAAGUUUGCUGGGAGGAAGGAGAAGGGGGAGGAACAGAACCAGAUUGACGUUUUCGCAUCUCCUCUUACUUGGGCAUAUUUAUAGUAUCCGGCUGAGGAUGCCCUCGUUUUAGAGGAACAUGUUUUACAUUUUUUCCCAGCCUCCCCGCUGCCUGGCAGCCUCAGACGGAGAAGCAGAUUGACUUGGUGUCAGGGUCUCGCCCGGCCCCUUGGCGGCACAGACCCGGUGACGGUGCCUGCUGCAGCCCUGCUCUCCUCUCCCUCCGAGCAGCGUCCGUGCUAUGAAUUUUCAUGGAGACGCGCGCUGAUCCUUCGUGCGUCCUUGGCUGGCAGUUGUUGGUGACUUACGGUCAUUCAUGUGCUGGUGACUGAUGGCCCUGCUGUCUUGUGCUGGGACAGCUGUGCACAGCGGUAUCCUUGAUAUGAUUCGACUUUGGUGCUAUGUCGAAUGUGGCUUUGUAACUAAAAUCAUAAAUACUGGAGAAAUAAUGUGUCUUGUUCUAAAUAAACAGUGGGGCGGGGUGUGGUGGCUCUCGCCUGUAAUCCCAGCACUUUGGGAGGCCGAGGCAGGCGAAUUGCUUGAGCUCAGGUGCUCAAGACUAGCUGGGCAACAUGGCAAAACCCCAUCUCUACAAAAAGUGUAAAAAUUAGCCAGGCGUGGUGGCAUGUGCCUGUGGUCCCAGCUACUUAGGAGCAGUGAACUCAGUUUGUGCUGCAGAAAGUUACCCGACCCUACCUUAUUGGGAUCUAGAAUCCCAGCUGGGAAAUUCUUGCCAUGUAGAGAACCAUGGUGUUACUGUCAUUGUUGAAACAGCAGUCAGUCUCCACAGCAGGAGCCCCCACCUAGGUGGGAGGAUCAUUUGAGCCCAGAAAGCAGAGGCUGCGGUGAUUCAGCCACUGCACUCCAGCCUGGGUGACAGAGUGAGACUCUGUCUCAAAAACAAACAUACAAACCAACAAACAAAUCUCAGGAGGAAUACAGAUAGUCGUAAGCAUGAUAUGCAGGUACAGAGCCCAUGUUCAGCCCUGGAAUUCGAGGUCCCUCCUUAACUGAGGACCGUGAGGAAGGAACUCUGGGUAUUGUAUUUCUGCACAGUGAGGGUCUAAGUAUCUGACUCCCAAACUUCUUCUCCAUGAGACUGCCUUAGCGAUGCUUAUGUAGACUGUACUGGAAUUCCCACUGAGAGAGUAAAUUACCUUAACCAAGACAGUCUCUAUGUAUGUGUGUGCCUUGUCUUGGAAUUCCAGUUUCACAUUAGUUAGGAGGUACUUGACCCCACAGGCCUGAGAGGGGAGGUAGGAUUCAAGACAGCUGGAGGAUGAGCCCAGCAGGGGCAUACCCUAAAACCCCAAGAAGGUAUUGGAGUGGUGGGCUGGGGUGGGGGUGUCAGCUAGGGGUGGAGGCGGGCAUGCUCUUCUGAGCGGUGCUUUCCUGGGGGUUCCUCUGCUGAGUGGACCCAUCCUUGGUGAUUGUCCCAAGGGCACUGCAGUCUUGUUAAGCAGGGGUGAGGCAUGUACAAGGUCUUCUUGAUCAUGUUCACAUUUCUCCCACAUCUUCAUCUUCAUGGUCUCGCUGGGAGAGUGGCAGGGGGUGUCUGGAUCAAGGGAACUGGAACAGGUGCUGAAGCUGUUCUCACCCACAACAGAAAGAGCACCAUCUGGCCCCAGACAGGUGAAGCUAGGGAGUCACCGAGGCCCUGCGGGGCUUCCCCCAGAACCAUGCUCUUUGGUGACAUACACAGGCUGCUCCUCUGACAGCAUAUCGCUUAGAGGGUCCUGAGCACUCCUGGCUGCCACCAUGGCUUCAGGGAAACUUGUGCCUCCCGAGAGCCCUCAGCUCUUCUGUGUGUGAGGUUAGAGACUGUGCUGCAGCUGGGGUUCUUAUGACCACCUUCCUCCUUCAUGAGCAUCUGCUCUGGAGCUGAUCAGGGACCACCAGACUCCUCAUGGCCUAUUUCCAUGGGGCACCAGGAGGGUCAAAUGCCAGUUUGUGUCAUUGUCCUGUUUUCAGCCAUCCGGGACACCGGUGUCUGCAGAAUAUGGUAUGCAUGAUCCCACACGGCACCCUGUGGCGUCACCCGGCCUCUCUUCUUGACCUCUCUCCUGCUGAGCAGCGAGUGCUUCCUUGAAGUCACGGGGCAACCCUACAUCCGACUCCCUCACUGGUCUGAUGAGCACCUGCCUUUCAGCUGACCUUGGGAAGCGGGUUCUCUCAGAGGAGGAGUGCCCACAUUCUGCUGGGUGGUUGACUUCUGUGGAGGCGGCCCCUAUUUGGGGCGGGCACGUGGGCACACUAUGUGCAACCUGCCGACAUUUACUAAGAUGCUCUUGAAAUGUAUCCGUAGAUGCUGGGUUGACUCACCUGUUUACCAAAUUCACUUUCUACUGUCUCACGUUUCAAAGGUGUGAGAGGAUAAGGCAUUGUUUAGUAGAUGAACUCAUUUGCUUAUUUCCAGAGGCAUGUCCAAAAACUGGGUGGGGUUGAGCAUUUCUCAGGGAAAAGUUAACUCAGAGUGCCAGUGACAGGCAGCGUUUUCCAGAGGCCCCAGGGUCCAAGGCCUUCCCAUGGCUGAAUCUGCUGGUUUAAUCUGCUUUCUGGCGGAGGAGCAAGUUCUGAAUGCAGAGUCCUGCAGCACUCACUGUGCCUCUUGCGUGGCGGCCUGGCUUUGCCGUGACCAAUGGCCAGCUGUGAGGGGACAUGGUGGGCUACACAGGGGGCACGGGGCCAGUGCUGCUCUCGCCCAGUGCCAGGGCUGGCCUCAUUUGUUUACACCCUGCUUCUGCUUUUGGUCUCCUAAGCACGAGAUCUCGAUGUCCACCUAGGAAUGUCACUGACGCAGGAGAAAGGGAUUGUUUUUCUUUUACCAUGAAGGGACGUCAUGGGCCUGGGUGAAAGAUAUUAAACAAAUUAGAUAUCAGCCCCAAGGAAUGUUAAUAUCUGAGAUUUAUAAGGGAGUAGUUUUUGCUUCAGAAUUUAUUUUCUUUUAAAUACUUAAAACAUUUGGUUUUUAAGCUAUUGAUAGCCAACUGCCUUUUUUCUUUUACAAAAUUAAUGUUUAAAACAUGUUUUUUCCCCCCAAUCUAUCAUGGUUGACUGCUAGAUUGUUGGAUGGCUGUGCUGUUUCCAAGGCUGAGGUCGGUUUGAAUGAGCUCAUUUCAGAUCUCUCUAGAUUUUCUGAGCCUGACAGUGCCCUUGGGACCCCAUGUUUGGAGAAUGUGUUUUUGCAGUUUACGAAGCACCCGUUGCUCAGAGCCGGGAAACCUUUCCUUCUCUUUUCUUGGAGUCUAGUUGCCAUGGAGACUGUCACUGAAUUGUGGAGGAGGGGGAGGAGGAAGAGGGGAGCAGCACACGGAGGUCUCUCUCAGUCAGGGUGCGCAAACGCAGCAGAGGCCACGUGGUGGGUGCAGCUUGUCCGGCCCGCCAUGCUGGGCGUGGAUGCAGACUCACCAAGCAGCUCAUGAGAGGUGCUUUAUUCAGAGAAUGAAGUGCACUUGUGGCGGCAAGAGGUGUGAGGGUUCUGACAUAUGUUCACAGCCCUCCUUCUCCUUAGCAGGACUCUGAGUUGCUGCAGUAUUUAGAGAAAUCUGCCAAACCCCGAUUUAAUUUUGGUUCAUUUGCUAACAGGAUUGGAGGAGAUAGGAAAUUGAUCUUGGGGAUGGUGAAGCUGCUGAUGUUCAGCCACGACCAGGAGCUCAGAGGGAUAUUGUCUGUGUGUGCUCAUACCACUUUGAGAAGCACAAACCCUUUCAUUAAUAAAGCAAAAAUGUUGAACCAAAUGUGGAUUCUAAAGAUUAUGCAUACAACAAACACUUGUUUUUUUUGGUGUGUGGGUAACUCAGAACUAAUUGCAGGCCUAAUGCCGUGCAGUGUGGGCAAAUGCGUGACAAGCAGCCCUUCGUGUGGGGGCCUGAUUUGCAGCUGGGUUCUCUGGAGUGCGCCCCCCACCACUGCUGCCUCCCUGUUCCUGUCACUGUCCGUGUCACUGAAGGUAGAGUUGGGAGGAAAGUGGAGCCAGCUCUCAGGCCCUUGCAUGCAACUGCCUUGGUAUUUCAGAGGUGCCAUCUCCUUGUUCUUGGGACAUUGGUCCAGUCUUUCUUUUGAGGCAGUUUCCAUAGAGGCGGGAUCUGUAUUGAGAGUGGAUUGAAGGGUGUCAUUUUACUCUAACUCAUGGGUGAUAACCAUGGCCUGAGUCUGUGUGCAAAGCUUAGCCUGGGGCUACUUUGGAACCUGCUCUCUUGAUUCCAGGCCUAGGUGCUUUGAGAUAUUCUUGAGCUGGAACAGCACCCAGCACCUGCUCUUGUGACUGAAAUGGCAUAAAGUAAUAAUAGUGCAUGUGCAUGGCUUUUUAUGCCUUUCUGAGUGUUUUAUUUGUGUUAUCUUGUUAGAUUUCUGCAGUGAAUGGUAACAGGACAUGGAUUUUUGUUCUCAUUUAACGGAUGACAAACUUUGUCCCUUAGUGUUAAAUGUUGGUGACACACAGGCAGAGUCGGAUCUGGAACCAUACUGACCUGGCAUCUUCCCAUCCUUCCUCCAAUCAGCUCGUGCUGAGGCUUCUCAAUGGCCCACGGAAUUUCUGGUGGUUCAUGAUUAUCUGCCUUUAAGAUACAGGUUCUAGAUUUGCUACUAGGACCCACGGUAACUUUGAUUUGUCUCUUGUGAACUCUUUGUGAUGCUGGCAAAAGAGAGGAAAUGGUCAUGUAUUGGUCAGAUGGGUGUUGCAGGGAAGAAUAAUUGCGUUACAUGAAAUACUUGCAGGAACCUUGGUAGGGGCCAGAGGCAUGAUUGGAGUCACCUGGGCCACCUUUUGUGGCUGUCCCAUGUCUUCUUUGCCCUGACAGUGGACUCAGCAGGCAGGGCUGGCAGCAGUCACGCACCGGCCUGAGAGGAGCCUGGAACCGGGGCACUCACCAGUUGCCAGACUCUUCUUAGGUGCUUUUCAAUUCAGAAAUCAGAGAAAUGGUUUGUAGAGCGUUCUUUAUUCAUUUGGCUUGAAAUCAGUUUUUUAAGUAAGGUUUUAAACUUGUCCUCAGAAUUAGAGGAAACCCCAGAGAUUGGAGACCCAGCAGUGCUGUGUGUGGGUGAGACCCUGUUGAAGAUCCCCUUGUCAAGUCUGGUGGGCGUGGUUUGUAAGAGGGCGGGUGGGUGGGGAGCUGGCUCCGGAGAUGCCAACUUUGCCUCGGAAACAGAGCCCACCCUCCCGUGCUGGCCUUUCCUGGGUAAGUAGAGCCCACCUUCCCAUGCUGGCCUUUCUGUUGUCCUUUGGAGGGGAGGAGACCUUGCUCAGCUUCUCACCGACUAAAAGGGCACCAUGAGAUUGGACAGGAGUGCAAUUUAUGGAAAAAAAAACUUUAAUUUUUCUUGAAAUAAAACUGAUCCUCUGAAAGUGCUUGGUGAGAGGCAGGGAGAAAACCACACUUGUCUGGUACACAGAGAGCGCUGGAGUCCUAGUAGCCUGGCCCCGGUUCCCCAGACCUCCAGGCACCUGAAGCGCCUCUGGCCUGGCCACACGGAAGUCCAGUUAGUCGAAGCGAGGUCCCAGUUUUUUUGGUGAAGGGAUUAAAAUAUAACACAAGAUUAAGUGGAUGCGUUUAAAUAGGAGUUGCCGAAGGCCACAGUUGGAAUGUGCACUUGGCAAGACCACUGAGAACUGAGGCUUUUAAAGGUCUCCCCUUGCAGCAGAGACUAUGAGGGGAGGGCAGGGCUUUCUGGCACCUGCAGGUCCUGACGGCCCCUCCCUGCAGCAGCUUCUCCAGCUGCCCCAGAAGCCUCAGGCAGAUGUGGCAGGCCACCCCCUGGUCUUCUGUGCUCACUGACCAAGAUGCAUUCCCACCUGCUCCUUAAAAUUCUGUGUGAUCUGGCUGGGUGCUGUGGCUCACGCCGCUAAUCCCAGCACUUUGGGAGGCCAAGGCAGGUGGAUCACUUGAAGUCAGGAGUUCGAGACCAGCCUGGCCAUCAUGGUGAAACCCCAUCUCUACUAAAAAUAGAAAAAUACAACAUUAGGUGUGGUGGUGUGCACCUGUAAUCCCAGCUACUUGUGGGGCUGAGGCAGGAGAAUUGCUUGAAUCUGGGAGGCAGAGGUUGCAGUGAGAUGAGAUCGCUCCAUUGCACUCCAGCCUGGGCAACAGAGCAAGCCUCCAGCUAAAAAAAAAAAAGAUCCGGCUGGGCGUGGUGGCUCAAGCCUGUAAUCCCAGCACUUUGGGAGGCCGAGGCGGGUGGAUCACGAGGUCAAGAGAUUGAGACCAUCCUGGUCAACAUGGUGAAACCCCAUCUCUACUAAAAAAAUACAAAAAUUAGCUGGGCAUGGUGGCAUGCACCUGUAAUCCCAGCUACUAGGGAGGCUGAGGCAGGAGAAUUGCCUGAACCCAGGAGGCGGAGGUUGUGGUGAGCCAAGAGUGCACCAUUGCACUCCAGCCUGGGUAACAGGAGCGAAAACUCUGUCUCAAAAAAAAAAAAAGAUCCAUGUGAUCUAUGAAAACUCACAGAGGACUGGGCAUAGUGGCUGACGCCUGUAAUCCUAGCACUUUGGGAGGCCGAGGCAGGUGGAUCAUGAUGUCAAGAGAUCAAGACCAUCCUGGCCAACAUGGUGAAACCUUGUCUCUACUAAAAGUACAAAAAAUUAGCCGAGUAUGGUCAUGCGUGCCUGUAAUCCCAGCUACUCGGGAGGCUGAGGCAGGAGAAUUGCUUGAAACUGGAAAAUGGAAGUUGCAUUGAGCUGGGAUUAUGCCAUUGCACUCCAGCCUGGCGAUAGAGCGAGACUCUGUCUCAAAAAACAAACAAACAAACAAAAAACACACAGAGCUAGACACCUAAAGUCACAUAUUUCACAGUAACAUGAGCUGGGAGUUGUACCGAGCCUGUUCUCCACCUUGGUGAAUGCCAUGUCCUUCCCUCUGACCCCUCUUGCAUCACUUCCCACUGUAUAUACAUUUGUUUUUUUGUAAUUUUUAAAAGACUGGCCAAGUGCAUUAGUGAGAAGGGGGAAAGGGUACAACAAGGAGCUGGAUUGGUAACUGACGAUGGACAGUCGGUCCGGAUGACCCAGUGCUACCUUCCAGCAGUACCCUUUGCUGCUGCUGUGGCCGAGGCCUGCUCCAUUGUGGGACACACCACAUCUUACUUGUACCCACAUGGGUUGUUCCCAACAUUCGGCUGCUGUGAGCAUCCUUGCAUGAACAUUUUCUGGAGCUGAUCUCUUAGAGGAGAGGGCAGAGCUGUGUUGAGCACCCACUGGGAGAAGAUCUACAGAAUCCAGGUUACUUGAGAUUCUGGAAAGAUGCAGAAAUGCAAAAAAUAAAAACAAGCAACAAGCAGUUUAUCCCAAAAGUCACUAGCAAAAUGUAUUGAUAUCUCUCUACCAGUCAAAUCCUAUUGCUCAGCCUUAGUUUUUCUACAAAACACAAUAAAUUUUAUGUUGUCUUCCCCAGCUGUUGAAAUAAAAUGGUAUAACCUUAUUUGCUUAUGAACAACGUCCAAAUGAGAUUCUUUUACUUCUGCUUUCUGAUUUUCCACAUCAGACCCCGUUAUGGUGGUAGCCUGUUAGGACAAUAGGACAAAUCCCAGUUCCCAAUUCUUUGCAUUUUUUUGGCUAGGUUUUCUUUCUCACUUGCUGGGACACGAACAGUUGCUCUUUGGUGUUUUUAUGAUUGAGGAGCUUCUCACUGUUUAAUUCUCAUUUAUUUUCAAGGAACAGAAACACUCUUGAGCGAGGGCUCAGCUGGGCUGGGCAAGCUCCUGACCACAGGGGAAGAUGACUCAACAAUUGGGAUUUUGCUGCUUGUUUCUUUAAAAAGAAACACAAGCCAAAAACUAGACCCAAACUUUACAAUUUUUUGGGUCUGUUCAUUUUGGAUUAGUGUUUUUUUUUGGUGGUGGUUGUAGUUUUUUUGAGACAGGGUCUUCCUCUGUGGCCCAGGCUGGAGCAAUUCUGCUCCCGCAGCCUCCUGAGUAGCUGGGAUUACAAGCGCUCACCACCACACCUGGCUAAUUUUUGUAUUUUAGUAGAGACAGGGUUUCACCAUGUUGACUAGGCUGGUCUUGAACUCCUGACCUCAAAUGAUCCACCCACCUUGGCCUCCCAAAGUGCUGGGAUUACAGGUGUGAGCACCAUGCCUGGCCAAGGACAGUGUUUUCCUGUCCUCAGUCUGAAAGCCCGACACUGUCGAUCCACUGGGAGUGUGCCUGGUGGAUUCCUGUAUGCACAAUAGGGUCUCCAUCUUCGUGGGACAAACAUAGGGGACUGGGCAUCAGUCAGGAAGCUCAGGCUCAUCUUGCCCUGCCACCACCCUCUAUUCAGGCCACAGCUCUGUGUGUGGCAGAUUUCUUACAUGCAAAACAAAGGGGUCAGCCAUGCCAGUGGUGAGUAACACCUGGAAGCUUUGAAAAAUACCAGUGCCCAGGCACCUCCUGGCACCAGUGAAUCAGAAUCUUGGGGGAUUCUGAUCCCCCAAGAUAUCACCUGGUGCCAGUGAAUCAGAAUCUCAGGGGGAGGGGUAAUGCCCAGAUAUCACCUGGUGCUAGUGAAUCAGAAUCUGGGGUGUGGGGGGGAGAUGCCCAGGCAUCAUCUGGCGCCAGUGAAUCAGAAUUUCGGUGUGGGGGGGUAGAUGCCCAGACAUCAUCUGGUGCCAGUGAAUCAGAAUCUCCAAGGUGUGGGGGGAAAUGCCCAGACAUCACCUGGCGCCAGUGAAUCAGAAUCUUGGGGGGAGGUGAGAUGCCCAGACAUCACCUGGUGCCAGUGAAUCAGGAUAUUUGGGGAGGGGAGAUGCCCAGACAUCACCUGGCACCAUGGAGUCAGAAUCUUGGGGGCAGUCGAGAUGCCCAGAUAUCACCUGGUGCCAGUGAAUCAGAAACUUGGGGGUGGGGGGACAGGACCCAGGCUUCACCAUUCUUUCUUUUUCUCUUAAGCUUCCUGAGUUGACUGUAAUGUUUUAUGAGUUGAGGAGCUCUGGGCAAGACGAUCCCCAUGAAACCCUCCCACCCUAAAAAUUUGAUAUUUGCGCUAAAACGCCAGCUGUGCUUUGUGUAACAGAGCCAAAGGUGGGGAGAGGGAAUUCAGUCUCCUCAUUAUUACUUCUAUGGUUUGUUAGCAAAAACAUAAUUAGCAUGAAAGAUAUUUCUCUGUGGACAUGCAAAUCAAUGCAAAUGACUAAUUUGCCAUUUAAGAAUUUGCAAAUUGCAAUGCAAAAUUGUCUUAGGUAAAUAACCCUAGUCUAAUUGAGUGACAGUAUUCUGUGUUUUGUUAUUAAGGCUAUUAGCUGAAGACAUAGAAAGACUGUAAAAAUGCCACAAUUGUUGCUUAUACAUGCAGGGUGUCUUAUAAUUUAUGGGAGAUUUUAUGCACGUUGUUUCACUUGAGCCCCAGAGUUCCAGAUGCAUCCUAGACUAGCUACUGGUAAAUAGCACAGGGUAGGUGGGUGGCGGAGAAAGCAAGAAUGCGAACAGCUUGCUGCAGUGUCGCAAACGCAACAGCAACAGCAACAGGGCCUGCCCUGGGGCUCCCACGUCUCGGGCAGCAGAACUGCCUAAGUUUCCGCCAGCGACUUAAACACAUGCCAUGGAAAGGGAUGAGAUGGGAACAGAGUGAAGAACCCAGAAAUAAACUGGACCAUAUAUGGUCAACUAGGUGUGAAGAAAACUCUGGGGAAAGAGCAUACAAUAAAUGGUAUCAGGGAAACUGGACAUCCACACUCAGAAGAAUGAAAUGGGGCCCUUAUCUUACACCAUUCUCAAAAACCUGCCUAAAAUUGGUUAAAGACCCAAAUGUAAGAUCUGAAACCAUAAAACUCCUAGAAGAAAACUUCCAGGAAGAGCUCCUUGACAUUGGCCUUGGCAAGAAUUUUUGGGCAAAACCCCAAAAACACAGGUGACAAAAGCAAAAUAAAUGAGUGGGAUGAUAUCAGACUGGAAAGCUGCUGUGCAGUAAAGGAAGCCAUCAAUGAAAGGAAAGGGCAGCCUGCAGGGUGGGAGAAAAUACUGAGAAACCAUAUAUCCGACAAGGUGCUAAUACCCAAAAUAUAUAAGGAACUCACUCAACUCGAUAGCAAAAAACAAACAAAAAAUAAAAGAAAAAAUAACCCCAAACCCUACAAUAUUAAAAAGGGCAAAGGACCUGAAUAGAACAUUUUUCCAAAGAAGACAUACAGAUGGCUAACAGGUAUGGGGAAGGUGCUGAACAUUACUAAUCAUUGGAAAAGCACACCAGAGCCCCAGUGAAUUAUCCCCUCACACCCGUGAGAAUGGCUUUUACCAAAAAGACAGAAGAUAAUAAGUGUUGGCAAGUGUGUAGAGAAAAGGAACACUUGGACAUUGUAUUUUGUGUGUGUGUGUUUUCUUUUUGAGAUAGAGUCUCGCUGUGUCACGCAGUGGUACAAUCUCGGCUCACUGCAACCUCUGCCUCCUGGGUUCAAGUGAUUCUCCUGCCUCAGCCUCCCAAGUAGCUGGGAUUACAGACAUGCGCCACCAUGCUAAUUUUUGGUAGAGGCAGGGUUUCACCAUGUUGCCCAGACAGGUCUUGAACUCCUAACCUCAAGUGAUCCACCCGCCUCAGCUUCCCAAAGUGCUGAGAUUACAGGUGUGAGCUACUGCGCCUGGCCAACUUGCACAGUGUUGAAGGAAAUGGUGUGUAGGUUCCUCUGGAAAUUAAAACCAGUGCUACCAUCAACACCUCUUUUGAUUAUAGAUCCAGAAGAAACUAAAUCGGCAGAAGAGGUGUCUGCACCCCCAUGCUUAUUGCGGCACUAUUCACCAGGACGUGGAGACAGUGCAAGUGUUUCUGAUGGCUGAACAAAUAGAGCAAUGAUGGUAUACAUACACACUGGAUGCUAGUCAGCCUUAAAAAAGGAGAUCCUGUCAUUUUCAAAACACAGAUGAAUCUGGAGGACAUGGUGUUGUAAAUAAUAUGAAGUAAGUGAAAGAAGCCAGGCACAGAAAGGCAGAUACUGCAUGAUCUCAUAUGUGGAAUCUUAACAAAAAAGGUGACUACAUAGAAACAGAGUGGAAAAGUUGGUUACCAGGGGCAGGGGUGAAGAGUGGGAAGAUGUGGGUGAGAGGGUACGAAACUGCAGUUGUGUGGACUAUAGUUAAGACAUUGGAUUAUUUACUGCAAUUUGCCCACAGGUUGCCUCUAUGAGCGGGUGGAAGCAGAUGUGCGAACUGGCAUGACCUCAGCCUGCAUGGAUGUAUCCAGCAUUGUGUUGCACGCCUCAAAUGUACUUACAAAAAUUUCACAAAAGGAUGAGUUGGAUUUGGUUAUCUGCUUUAAGAAUGUCCAUUUUAUUACUGCAUGGAUGUGUUAUGCAACAGGAAGUGGGGUGUGUGAGGCAGGGAUCUGGGUUCAAGGCCUGAAAAUAUAUAAAGCAGCUCAGCACAUGUGACUGUGGGUCCCCAGCAAAGUAGCUCAGCCCAGGUGACUGCAACUGUAGCUGCUGGCUUUCUGUGUUCUAGGCUUAGGUGAUUAGAGAUCAGGUUUGUUUUUGCCCAGCCCAAGUCCAGCACACACAUGACAGGUAGCUGGCUCUUCCCAAUAAUCCACUGGAAACCCCUGGGUAAAUGCAUUCAGGGCAGUGUCUUGGGAAGGGCACAAAAUGUGCAGUGGUAACAGCUGGUACCUUGGACUGUGAGAACUGAGCCUUCCGGUGCUUCCAAGUACUGACACUUUCUGAGCCUCAGUUUUCUUGUCUCUAAAGUAAGCAUAACAAUAAUACCUUCUUUGUAGUAAGAUUUAAUGUGUUACUGCAAAUAAAAUAUUUAGUACAGUAUCUCCAGAGAUUAGAUGGCAAAGAUUAGAUGUUCAGGAAUGUUAGUGAAAACUGUUAUCACAACGAAAAGUGCCCUCAUGAGCUUCUGACUGCUGCAGAGAUAAAGUGGUAAAGAAAUCAGGUGUAUAGAGGAUGCAGUGAGGGAGUAAGGGGUGUCAUAUGAAUGAAAAACCAAGAAAGUAUUUUAAGAAUUCAGAGGGGUCAUGGGGUGGAAAAGGAGAGACAUCCAGUGGGAGAAUCAAGACAGUCUCAAGGUGGGGGAGGAAUCAAGAUGGAUCUUGAUAGGACUGGAUUGUGAAGGUUGGAGAGACACCAGAGCAUCACUUUGCACAAUCCCUGCAAGAUGGGCACUCUUGGUGUCUCCACAUAAGAGGCCCAGUGGUGGUGAUAGUGAUGGUGAUGAUGGUGGUGAUGGUGAUGAUCGAUCUUGAUGGAUCUUGAUAGGACUGGAUUGUGAAGGCUGGAGAAACACCAGAGUGUCACUUCACACAAACUCUGCAAGAUGGGCACUCCUCAUGUCUCCACAUAAGAGGCCCAGGAGAGGAGGCCCAGGGUCGUUUAGGAACUGUCUACAGCCACAUGGGUGCUGGAAUCUGGACUUGUAUCUAAGCAGCUUAGCGCCAGUCUGCGAUCAGAGCACCAUAGCCCCUGUAACUAGCUGUGUUAUCCUAAGAAAAUUACCUAACCUUACUUAACUUCAACUCUCUUACCUCUAAAAUGGGGAUAAUACAUUUAUCUGAAGGUCAAUGAUAAUGAGCAUAAGGGUUUAGCACAGAAUCUGGCACACUGGUGAUAUUUAUUAAAUGGCAUGGCAGUGAUGGUGAUGGUAAACGUGAUGAAGGUGAUGAUGAAGUGAUGAUGGCAAUGGUGGUGAUGAUACUGAUGAAGAUGAUGAGAGCAAUGGUGGUGGUGAUAGUGAUGAAGAUGAUGACAAUGAUGGUGGUGAUGAUGACAGCAGCAGUGGGUGGUGAUGAUGGUAAAGGUGGUGAUGAUGACAGUGAUUAAAAUUAUGAUGGUAUUGAAGGUGGUAAUGAUGAAGGUGAUGAUGAUAAUGGUGAUGAUGGUGAUGACAAUGAUGAUGGUUAUGGUGAUGAUGAUAAUGACAACAAUGAUGAUGAUGGUGAUGAUGAUGAUAUGGUGAUUACAGUGGUGAUGGUGAUGAUGAUGAUGAUAAUGACAAUAUGAUGGUGAUGGUGAUGAUGGUGAUGGUAAGGAUGAUGGUGAUGAUAAUGGCAACAUGAUGGUGAUGACAAUGAUGGUAAUGGUGAUGAUGGUGGUGAUGAUGGUGAUGGUGAUGACUGGUGAUGGUGAUGAUGAUAAUGACAAUGUGAUGGUGAUGACAGUGAUGGUGAUGAGGGUGGUGAUAGUGAUGGUGAUGAUGGUGGUGAUGGUGAUGAUGAUGGUGAUGGUGAUGAUGGUAAUGAUAAUGACAACAUGAUGGUGAUGACAGUGAUGGUGAUGAUGUUGAUGGUGAUGAUGGUGGUGAUAUGUAAUGGUAAUGAUGGUGAUGAUGGCGAUGACAACAUGGUGAUGACAGUGAUGGUGAUAGUGAUGGUGAUGGUGAUGAUGGUGAUGGUAAUGACCACAUGAUGGUGAUGACUGAUGGUGGUGGUGAUGACGGUGGUGAUAUGGUAAUGGUAAUGAUGGUGAUAAUGGCAAUGACAACAUGGUGAUGACAGUGAUGGUGAUAGUGAUGGUGAUGGUGAUGAUAGUGAUGGUAAUGACAACAUGAUGGUGAUGACAGUGAUGGUGAUGGUGAUGAGGGUGGUGACAGCAAUGGUGAUAACGGUGAUGAUGGUAAUAUGGUGAGGACAGUGAUGGUGAUGACAGUAAUGGUGAUGGUGAUGAGGGUGGUGAUGGUGAUGGUUUUGACAGUGGUGAUGGUAAUGGUGAUGAUGGUGAUGGUGAUGAUGGUGAUAAUGACAAUGUGAUGGUGAUGACAGUGAUGGUGAUGAGGGUGAUGAUUGUGAUGGUGAUGAUGAUGUUGAUGGUGAUGAUGGUUAUGAUAAUGGCAACAUGAUGGUGAUGACGAUGGUGAUGGUGAUGAUGGUGGUGAUACUGACAACAUGGUGAUGACAGUGAUGGUGAUGGUGAUGAGGGUGGUGAUGGUGAUGGUGAUGAUGAUGGUAAUGACAACAUGAUGGUGAUGAUAGUGAUGGUGAUGGUGAUGAGGUUGGUGACAGUGAUGGUGAUGAUGGUGAUGAUAUGGUGAUGAUGGUGAUGAUAUGGUGAGGACAGUGAUGGUGAUGACAGUGAUGUUGAUGGUGAUGAUGGUGAUAUGGUGAUACAGUGAUGGUGAUGAGGGUGGUGAUGGUGAUGGCUUUGACAGUGGUGAUGGUAAUGGUGAUGAUGGUGAUGAUAAUGACAACAUGAUGGUGAUGACAGUGAUGGUGAUGGUGAUGAGGGUGGUAACAGUGAUGGUUUUGACAGUGGUGAUGGUGAUGGUAAUGAUGGUGAUGAUGAUGAGGGUGGUGACAGUGAUGGUUUUGACAGUGGUCAUGGUGAUGGUAAUGAUGGUGAUGGUGAUGAAGGUGGUGAUAGUGAUGGUUAUGGUGAUGGUGAUGAUGGUGAUGGUGAUAACGGUGAUGAUAAUGACAACAUGAUGGUGAUGACAGUGAUGGUGAUGGUGAUGAUGGUGUUGAUGGUGAUGGUGAUAUUGAUGGUGACAGUGAAGGUGAUGACGGUGGUGAUGGUGAUGAUAAUGACACCAUGAUAGUGAUGACAGUGAUGGUGAUGAGGCUGGUGAUAGUGAUGGUGAUGAUGAUGAUGAUGGUAAUGGCAGCAUGAUGGUGACGACAGUGAUGGUGGUGGUGAUGAGAGUGGUGACAGUGAUGGUGAUGACGGUGGUGAUGGUGAUGAUGGUGAUGAUGAUGGUGAUGAUAAUGGCAACAUGAUGGUGAUGACAGUGAUGGUGAUGAUGACAACAGUGGUGGUCAUGAUGGUGAUGAUGAUGAGAUGGUGACGGUGAUGUUAGUGAUGAUGAUGGUGACAAUGGUGAUGAUUUGGGGUGGGAGAGAGAAAUGAGAAAAGGCAGAGUUAGGAGAUGAUGGGCCCCUCUGCCCUUUGGCCCUCCAGCUCAGUACUUGCAUAUGCAGGGGCUUGUUCUAGUUAGUGUUGCCCAGAUGACUAGAACCAUGUAGGAGGCUUAAAAACUACACAGAUCCAGAUCCUAUGCCAGACCAGCCAAAUCAGCAUCUCCCAUCUGGGGCUUUGGGGUUAAAGUUUUCAAGCAGUACAGCUGAUGGUAAUGUGCAGCCAGGUUAGGGAAACAUGAGACUAAUGAUUUUUAAGACUCAAGCUUUAAUAGCUUGCAGCUCUGAGUUCAAAUCACUGCUAAAAUAAGCACAUGGAAUAGAACCAGUAUCUGUACUGAAUAAAAUAAAUUGUUACCCCACAUUGUUGCACUGCUAUUUGAAAUAAUUUAUGUUAUUGGUUUUCUUCAAUUAAACUGAGCUGUGUGUAGAUUUGCCUGAAGGGGUCUGUGUCCCAACCUUCAACUCAUCCUCCAUUUUCCUGGAUCCCCAGGUAAUCACAGGCAGCUCAGCUUGUGGUGUUACAGCCUGUGAGCUGGACGUCCUUCCUGUGUUUGCAAAUGAACCUGUCAUCAGCACAGGUUUUACGUGAGAAAAACAGGGCCUGAGGCAGCUACAGGAUAAGUCUCAGGCUGGAAAGAGGGGAGGGGAAUUCAUGGAAGAGCCACUUCUUUUUCUCUUAGUUUUAAGGCAGCAAAUGACUUGUCAUCCUCAGGAAAGUUAACAGGCAGGUAUUCCCUCUUUCUCCACCAUUUUCAUAGCUGAGGCAGGACCAGCACUCCUUCAUUUUCACAUACAGUCUCUAGGGCUCCACAUGCUUUCUGUCAAAUGCAAAUGUGAUAUCGCAUCAUGUGAGAGCAGGUAUGGCAGAGGUCAGGGGUGUGGUAUAGAUGAUGGCAACACACCCGACAAAUGCCAGAUAGUAGAAGCCAUGGGGGUCUCCAGGGCAUGGUGUCUGAGGGUCUUUACAGGCCUGCUGGGAGGGAGGUGCUGAGGAGCAUCAGCCUGCUCUAUGAGGAUCUGUACUGCAUUUGAGAAGUGACAUCCUGGACAGACAAGCUCACCCAAACUCCUCUGGAAAGAGCCCAACAAUUUACUUUUAUUUGGAGAAAGAGGACGAGUGUUGGGAUCAAAGCUUGGGGUAAGGCGGUCCCAGAGAGGGGCCCUGGCGUGUGCACUUAGAAAGGAGAGCAGCAGCACAGGGCAUGGGUGGGUCACGCAGGAGGAAGCUCAGAGGGUCCGAAAGCAUGGAAAGAGAAGUGUGGAGGUGUGGACUGACACAGCCACGCUAUUCCAUCCAAGGACGGGAGGUGUCCACUCAAGCGCCAGAUCCGGCAACAGGCAGGGAUCCUCUGCUGGGAGGUAAGUGUGGAUUGUUUCCUUGGAAGUCACAAAUAUGCCAAUAUCGUUAGACUCCGUAACUCAGACUGUAGGACGCCAUCCUAAAGAUGUGUUUUUAAAAUGGGGGUGAAAAAUAAUUUAGAAAGCAUGUUUGUUACAGCUUUAUUUAUAAUGUCGAAAACUUUAAAACAACCCAUAUGACCAAGUGUUGUAGCUGGGAACAGUCCAGUCGGCCUCUACAGUGGGUGGCCAAGAGGCAUUUUCCAUGGUUCAGGAAAUGCUCGCAUGUAAUACGCAGUGGGAACCGCAGGAGACGGCCCCCAGGCUGCAGAAUGAAUUCAAGUGCUUUGGAAACAAUACGUAAUUAUGCUUUGGAAAACACUGGAUGAAAAUGCAACUAGAAUGAUUCUUUUUCACUGUUUUCUGUAUGCUUCGGUGUUUAUGCUUUAAGAUUUUAUUGCUCAUUUAACCAAGAAAAAAAUGACCAAAGACUGGGAAUUUGCAAAUUUGAGGUUUCUUCUGUGCUUCUUGACCAAGUCACUUCUGAUCAUAAGUGAAGCCACAUGACCUUUGGGCAGAAUCCUUGAGUGAAAAGGAAGUGCUGCUGUACCUUUGCAGUUUGUCUUGGGUAUGAGUAUGUUUGUGAGAUGAUGGUUUGCAUCUCUAGAAGGAGAUUUUUCCUAACCAACUUCAUGCGGAUCAGCUGGCUUUUCAGCUAGCUGCCAGCAUGCACAUGUUUCUCUCGGUAAUGUCUUCUAUUUUGAGGUACUCUGUGCUUUACUGGAACUACUAUCUGUUCUUGUAUAUUUCUAGGCAGGCUUUACCAGCUGACGGUGGGUGGAACAUUUCUUGCACCAGCAUCAGAAUAAGCUCGAUCAAGAAUGAUGGUUGGGGAAGGGAGCUGGGGCCAUGCCUUGACUUUCCCGUGGGACUGUGCAGGACAGAGCAGUCAGAUUCUCAGCAGGUGGCACUGCUUAUGGUGGUGAGCUUUCCUUUCCGGACAGCUGGAUGACCCUCCCAUGUUCACAGGCAGACAGCCCCUGUAGGAGGAACCCGUAUACAGUGGUCCCAUCCCGGAGCCUAUGGGUGUUGCCACGCUCCUGGGGUCUCAGUUGCCUCUUGGUGGUUCUAUGAUGGAGAAAUGGCUGGGCCCAGCACCAUGACGUGGGCAGACACAGUGGCUGGAUGGGGCUACCGGGCAACUUGGACUUCAUUUAGCAAGCUCCCAUGACCUGUAGGCUGUGGCUUUUCUCCGAGUCUUUUGUGUGUGGCCCUCAGGGUAGUGGGAGAAAGAGAAGCUACCAUGUUUGGACUGAGGAGUGGGUGGGUUUGCGGCUUGGUGUAGAGUAACAGGCAGGGGAGGUGCAGAGCCGAAGCCCUUUCCCGAGGCCCCUGGAGCCCAUUUGUCCCAGGUGGUGGGGGCUUUGGUUCUCCUCUGGGUGCCUGUGGUGCAGCACGUGUGUGUGCUUGUGCAACUGUGUGCACCCUGGUCAAGUCCCACCUCUUUCAAGCCUUGAUGUCCCCUCUGGAAAGUGGAGACACCAGCACGCAAGGUCCCAAAGUCCCUGUAGCCCCGUGUGUGUGGCGAGCCUAGCCCAGGGCAGCCACACCAAGGCCCCGGUGUCACAGUAUGUUUGCUAUGGCUCCGUCCUCUUGCUCUCUCCUGUGCCCCCACAGAUGUUGCUCUCUCCUGCCCCUCCUGUCUUCCCGACCUGUGUCCUCUGCUGACGCUCCCUGCAGUUUCCCUCCUCCUGCCUGUGCUGUGUGGAGGGUGCACCUCUGAACAUCACACAGCCCUCAGGGUGGCCCUGGGAGUCAGGGUGGUGUCCAUGGUUAGCAUGCUGAGGCCUCACUCUGCUAUGUGGAGGGUGCACCUCUGAACAUCACGCAACCCUCAGGGUGGCCCUGGGAGUCGGGGUGGUGUCCACAGUUAGCAUGCUGAAGUUUCACUCUGCUAUGUGGAGGUUGCACCUCUGAACAUCACGCAGCCCUCGGGGUGGCCCUGGGAGUCAGGGUGGUGUCCACAGUUAGUGUUGAGGCUCCACUCUGUGCUGGUUGCUGGGACUAGAGGGGAAAGUGAGGCAGGGUCUCUGCUCUUAGGCAACAUGGAGCCCACACAGCCUGGUGUGUUGGGGGUGCUGGUUUCAAAGUCAGAUCUGGAUUUGAAUCCCAAAUCUACCUGGUAAAUAACUGCACAACCCUCAGCUCUCUGAGGUGUCAAGUGGGGGCAAUCAUGGUUCUGGCUUUGUUGGGAGACCUCAUGAGAGGGCGAUGCUGGUGCCUGAGGCUCCAGGGCUUGACCUUGUGGAAGCAGUUGUGUGGGAGCGUGCUUUUGUAUUUUGCUAUUAGAGCUUUUAAAAAUCAGGGGAGCUUUAAAAGAUCCUGGUGGUUAGGCCACACCUCUUGUCAAAUCAGAAUUCAGGGGCUGAGGCCAGUGUUAGUAUUUCUAAGACACGGCUGUGGUGAGCCUCAGGAGCUGGGGGCCAAGCUUCUCAGCCUGUGUCAGCAUCACCUGGAGGGCCUGAUGGGCCACAGGUUGCUCGUCCAGCCCAGUUUCUGGUGCACAGUCUGAGCAUCAUCCCUUGAAAACCUCUGGAUGUCAGGGGAAAGAUUGCUGUGACAUCUGGGGUGGGAAAGGAGGAAGCAGAGAACAGGCUGAGCUCGGAGGACAGUGGGAUUUUGCUUUAAGGAUAUUUAAUAAGGUUUGCUUUAUUUCAUAUUGAGGGACGCAUAAUGAAACUCUGGGCAUUGCAGAAUGUGAAGUGCCCAGGAGACACUGAGUUAACUUUCACUUAAAGCUCUUUCACCUCACUUUUCAACCAUGUCUUCACACUCCCCGCCUCUAACUCCCAGGAGAAUUGGAGCACUUCAAAAUGGAUGAAAAUUCAGUCACAGAGGCCUGAAGUUUUGACCCUACUGAGAACAUUCAGGGUGUGAAUAAUGAACUUGGAAGGAGUUUUGAUUGCGGUUUUACUGUGAUUCCUGAAGAGGGGAGGGUUGGUGCUAAUGCUCCUCACUGUGCUGACUGUGGGCUGUGUAUCCACUGUGGUCCUGCAGGCUGAGGCAGCACUUUGCUUUCAGGGCUAGUGGUGUCUGCUUAUCAAGGCCAGGGUGGACACCUGCCUGCAGGAACUGUCCAGAGACAUUGUGCCCCAGAUGCUGAGGAGCCCUGGAGGGACAAGGUUUCUUCUCAUGGGGAAUUCUGGAAAUGUUCUGUUGGAGUUAGUGGAAUGCACAGUUAGGAGAAACGCAGAGCAUGGAUACUGUGCAGACAGAUGAGUACGCUUCCAGGAAAUACGCAUCAGGGAGAAGUCAGAAGACUCAGCCUGGAUUCUCAGUGGCUCCUUGGGUUCACAGCAAACAACAAACACUGACUCCACCCAGUGUGCGCCACUGCUAUGUAGAUGUGUGGACCCUACUUGGAUAUUGAUUCAAGCAAAUUAACUGUAACAUGACUUUUUUUAAUCAAUGGGGAAAAUUUAGCACUGAUUGGAUAUUAGAACAUUAUUAAAGAGCAUUUGCUGUUAAAUAAUUUUUCUGAUGCGAUACUGGGUUUGUGAUGAUAUUUUUAAAAGCCCUCAUGUGGGUUGAGUUGCAGUGAUUCUGGUGCUAUGGGAGAUGGAGGAGGGGGGAUCGCUUGAGUCCAGGAAGUCGAGGCGCUGUACAGUAACCUCUCCCCCAUUGAGAUCCUGCUGUGGCUGCUGAUUCUUCAUCAGCUUCCAACCUGUCUCAUCAGGAGUGGACUCAGUCCUCCUCUGUACAGUAGCCUCUCCUGCAUUGAGGUCCCGCUGUGGCUGCUGCUUCUCAAUUGCCUUCCACCCCGUCUCAUCAGGAGUGGACUCAGUCCUCCUCUGUACAGUAGCCUCUCCUGCAUUGAGGUCCCACCGUGGCUGCUGCUUCUCAAUUGCCUUCCACCCCGUCUCAUCAGGAGUGGACUCAGUCCUCCUCUGUGCAGCCCCUGUGGUGCUCCCUGCACUGUAAGGUGAGGAUGCUCCUCUUAAUUCUCCUACAUCCUAGUCUGUGUCAGCCAACAUUUUGUUUUCACACUGUCAAGUUAAAAGCAUCAUACCGAGCCCUGCAGCUGCAGUGACCAGCAGAUCCUCGGGCUGCUCCAGUGUUGCAGCUGUGCUAGUGUUGAUUGCAGACAAGCCAGAUGGGGCCCUCUGCACCCCUGAGCCACUCAGAGGAGAAGGCUUUUUGUGCAGUUCCAAGAUUUAUCCUUCAGCAGCCGCCCCAGAUGUGCCACUUCGAAGUGUGGUGUUGGGACCUUUUCUUCUUGCAUAGUUUUUCCUUGUAUUUCCCAAAGGGUCACUUUCUUUCCUUAGUGUCUCCCUCCUCAUCCCCUCCUGAUCUCACUCACACCACCUGUCUUAUUGAGCCCCCCAGACCCAGAGGUGUCUGCUGGAAUCCUGGCUCUCCAGCCCAAGGUCACCUCAAGAUGCCACAGUCUGUGAGUGGGAAGGGAGGCUGCCUGGGACGAGGCUGCAGGGGCAGGUGUGUUGCAUGCUGAGAGCUCCUGGCUGGACCAGGGAGAAUGAGGAAGGCCUUGAGGGGCCUCGUGAAGGUGAACCUGGCAGGUCCGUGGUCUCGAUUGGGAGAUGGGGAGGACCCACUGGGCAGGGGAGAGAGUGCUUCUGGAUGUUUAAACCUUCUGGAAGGUUUAAUUCUGUAAAGAUAUCAAUUCUCUCUGAAUAAACCUAUACAUAUAAGUUAUCACAACACAUUUUUUUUUUGAAAUUAAGCAAACUAGCUUUAAAGUCCAGGUUCAGACACAAAUAUCAGACUAAACAGAAAAGUUGUGAAAAAGAGAAGUUGUGUGUGGGGCAUUGAGUCUUGCACACUCAGUGCUUUGCAGUGAUGGGACAUUUAAGCCAGAGUGGGGAACAGACGGGCAGAUUGAAGGGAAAGAAUAGAAGGCCUAGAAAUAGACCCAAAUGCGUACUGGUAUUUGGUAUAUGAUAAUGAUGACAUUUUAAAUCAGUGGGGAAAAGAUGUAUUAUUCAGUAAUGAUUUGGGGACAACUGGCCAGACAUUUGGAAAAUAUAUAGCUGGGUCCCUCCCAAACUCCUUACCCCAAAAUAAAAUCCAGAUGGCACAUAGACUUAAAAAUAUAAUGGAAUUUUACAAGUACUGGAAGAAAAUGUGGGGGAAUUUUUAAUAAUUUUGAGAGGGAAUUAAUUUUUUAAAGGAAGACAGCCCAAUAUUUAAGAAAAUUAAAAUUCACAUAACUUGAACUCACUAGCCUGACUUCUGGGAAGUUAUGUGAUGAAUAUGUUCAGGCAUGGAUGUAAAGAACCAGAGGAACAAUGAUUCUGUGAAACAUUAUAACAGGAAGACCCACAAGCAUUCUAAACACCCUUCAGACAUCAUGAUAGGAAGACCCACAGGCAUUCUAAACACCUUUCUGACAUGUCAGGAAGACCCACAGGCAUUCUAAACACCCUUCAGACGUCACGACAGGAAGACCCACAGGCAUUCUAUACACCCUUCAGACAUCACAAUAGGAAGAUCCACAGGCAUUCUAAACACCUUUCUGACAUCAUGACAGGAAGACCCACAGGCAUUCUAAACACCCUUUAGACAUGACAGGAAGACCCACAGGCAUUCUAAACACCCUUCAGACGUCACGACAGGAAGACCCACAGGCAUUCUAAACACCCUUCAGACGUCACGACAGGAAGACCCACAGGCAUUCUAAACACCCUUCAGACGUCACGACAGGAAGACCCACAGGCAUUCUAAAUACCCUUCAGACGUCACGACAGGAAGACCCACAGGCAUUCUAAACACCCUUCAGACGUCACGACAGGAAGACCCACAGGCAUUCUAAACACCUUUCUGACAUGACAGGAAGACCCACAGGCAUUCUAAACACCUUUCUGACAUGACAGGAAGACCCACAGGCAUUCUAAACACCUUUCUGACAUGACAGGAAGACCCACAGGCAUUCUAAACACCCUUCAGACAUCAUGACAGGAAGACCCACAGGCAUUCUAAACACGCUUCAUGCUGUGGUUCAGCAUCAAGAUGCAGUUACAUAGAUGUGCUGACACAGAAAGACCUUAAGACACUUUGAAAGGAAAAAGGAAGAUGAGAACAGCUGGAAUCCACAUUAGAAGAAAAUGAACCUGGACCAAGUUUCUUUCAGAGACACCAGCUCCUAUACUUGUGGGUGUGAAAGGCAAGACUAUAAAGGUUUUCAGCAGAUAAGAUAAUGUUUUCAUGACUUCAGGGUGGAGAGGAAGGUUUUGAGACAGGACACAAAAAGUACUAAUCCCAAAGGAAAUGAAUGACUGAUAAUUUCAAUUAUAUUCAAAUCAAGAAUAACUCUUAGUAAAAGUUAAUUAAAAGGCAAGUCACAGAAUGGGAGACAAUGUUUUCAACACAUGUAACCAUCAAAGAUCUCAUGUUUGAAACAGAGAGAACCCUGACAAAUCACUGAGAAAAAGACAACCAAGGAAACAUUUGCAAAACAUUUAAGCAAGAAAUUCUAAGGUGAAAAUUCAAAUGACUGAGAAAUAUGUAAAAUGGUCUUCAACUUAAUUAUUAAAUUGGAGCGAUGAAGAUGGAAGCCGUAUGAGCUUUAGUGGCUCACCUACUAGACUGGAAAAAACCUGAAGCGCCAACUCCAGGUGUGGCUGUGACGUGGGCCGGGAGUUCCUGCACCUGGCAGUGAUACACAACAUCUGAGCUCCUUGGGGGUGUGGACCGUGGGUGGGCGGCUGUUGUCUUGCAAUGCUGCAGAGGGGUGUUUGCUGUGGCUGAGAGUUCGCUCCUGGGCCUCCACGCAGCAGAAGCACAUGCACGAAUUGUCAGGGACACAUGCAAGGAAGCACGCAGGUGGCGUCGUUCAGUCUUCCCAGGCUGGGUGUGACCCACAUGUUCUUCUGUGGUAGAGGAGAGGAAGUAGAUUAUAUUAUUUUCAUACAGUGGAACGAUGGAAUUUAGCCAUGACAGGGCGACUCAGAUCGUCUCACAGACAUGAAGCUGAGUGAAAGAAGUAAGGUGUGACAGACGACAGGCCCCGUGAAUUCAGUGCAGAGGCAGGCGCGGCCGUGAGGACACUUCCACCUAGUUGGGGUAGCUCCCCAUGAAGGCACAGCAGGGGUGGGGGUUCUGGCUGCUGGUGGGAUGAUUUCUUGAGUGGGGAUUGGAUGAAUAUUCACUUAAUAUUGUUUGCUAUACUAUGUGUUUUUGUGCACAUUUUUCUAUGUCUACUUAUGAAGUUAAAAACAAGAAUGUAUCUCAAUUGUGUUUCACGUGUGUGUGUGUGUGUGUCCUUGUGUGUGGGAAGACAUUCUCUGAGGCAGCUGUUAUGGACUGAAUGCAUCUCCUUGAAAUCAGUGUGUAGAAGGCCAAACCCUCAGUGGAUGGUGCUGGGAGGAGAGGCCUUUGGGAAGUGAUUAGGUUAGGUGGGGUCUUGAGGGUGCGGCUCCUGUGAUGGCAUCAGUACUCUCGUAAGAAGAGGCAGAGUCUCCUUUCUCCUCCAUGUGAAGACACAGUGAGAAGCCACGCUGAGGCCUCACCAGAGCUGACCGUGCUGGCACCACAUCCCAGACUUCCAGCCUCCAGGCCGUGAGGACAUUUCCGCGUGAGUCGCCCAGUCUGCGGCACUGCAGCAUCCUCACCAGAUUCGUCUGUGCUGACGCCACCUUUGUUUUGCUGUAGUACAGCAACGUUUAGGGUAGCUCUAGCUUUGCCAUUCACUUAACUUUGGAAAGCAAAUAUUUUAGGAAGAAAAGGAGGUUUAGUCUUUCUGUUUGCCAGGAAAAUCGCAAAGGAUGGUGUCAGUGCAGGGGCUGCGGGAAACUGAUGUGUGACAUGCGGGCCUGCUGGAGCGCCGAGCUGUCCCUCCUCCUGGCUCCAUUACCACUCUGAAGUGGCGUCGAUGAGUUUGGACAUCACCAAAGCAAAGAAGUAAGAGCUGAACUCCUCCAAACGUUGGUGACCUUGAAUUAAGGCCUCAUGCCUUCUCUUCUGCCUGUUGUGUUCGGACUUGGCCUGUUCUGUAUGUCUUGCUGUUGUGGGGACCUGUGCAUCUUCUUUUGCUGACAUUCCUCUCUCUUCAAGCAAACUGAACUCUAGCCAAGUUGUGUCUGCGGCUGCUCCAGGGGGGGCCCUGUGGGCCACCCACCCAAUCCUGCCCUUGGGCUAGCCCUUGCUUCUUCUGGAAGGUUCCUGAGCUUGGGUUGUGGGCUUGACAUGUAUCUGGAAUGGUUGGUUUUGGUGUCUUUCACUGCAGACACCAUCCCUACCCCAUGCACAACCUGGGAGAAAACGGACAUUGUUUUCAUGUUAGUUGGGAGGGAAGAGAAGUCAGGGUUACUUUUCCUCUGGUGUGAAAGUCCCUAGACCCUAAACAUACCCUGUUGUCCACAGCUGGUCCCGUAUCCCACAGAGGAUCCUGGAAUCCAGCUGAGUGGGCACGUGUUGCCUAUCACAGCCCUUCAUGUGCUGAACAUCUGUUGAGGGGAGGCAGGGGGUAUCACCUUACUUCCAUCCUGGACGUCACAGUGACACAAAGUACAAAGUGCCAUGCCCUUCCUCCUCACAGAUACAUGGUGUCCCACUGGUCUCCUAACCACCCAAUGCCAUUGCUCCUGAUUGUUGGAAAUGCUUGUGGGGCAGGAGUGCCUGGACGGUCCAGUCUUGUUCUAGUGGCUGAACUUGAAUGGGGUUGCCUUGAACCCAUCUUAGGCUGGAAAUGCCCCCAGCAUCACACCAGGGAAACUCCCUGGGGCCUGCCCUGGGAGUCCUGGGAAAUACUUCUAGGGUCAGCUCUGACCUCAAGGUGGGACUGCCCCAUGCCCUUGGCCCGGGAGUGGGGCUGCAGGAGAAACCCCGCCUGCUGCAGCCCUCCCAUCUGAGGGGUUCCCCUGGGAGUCUCAAAUCCAGCAUCAGGCUCCAGUGAAGAUUCAGCUUCUCUGGAUGGGGACCCCCACCACACCCCACCCCCUGCACUAUGGUGCUGCCCAGGCCUGGGUCUGUGGAGACUCCUGUUUGCCUCUGGCCUGAUGAAAGCAGUGUGGACACCAACCCUCCUCCUCCUCCUCCUCCUCCUCCUCCUCCUCCUCCUCCUCCUCCUCAGAUCUCUUCUCUUUGUGAGGGGUUUUCAUGGUAACUUACUGUUUUCUCUAAUUAAGAAUAACACAUGGCUAUUAUCAAACAUUUAGGAAAUGUAAAGAAUAAUAAAAUAAUGUUACUGUUCUGAUGUGUAUCCUUCUAAGUAGGCUUCUUGCUGUGUUUUUGUUUUUUUAGCUGUUUCUUCAUUUUGUUUUUUUUUUAAAUUUUUUAUUGCAUUUUAGAUUUUGGGGUACAUGUGCAGAACAUGCAAGACAGUUGCAUAGGUACACACAUGGCAGUGUGUUUUGCUUCCUUUCUCCCCUUCACCCACAUUUGGCAUUUCUCCCCAGGCUAUCCCUCCCUACCUCCCCCUCCCGCUGGCCCUCCCCUUUUUCUCCCAAUAGAUCCCAGUGUUUAGUACUCCCCUCCCUGGGUCCAUGUGUUCUCGUUUUUCAUCACCCGCCUAUGAGUGAGAAUAUGCGGUAUUUCAUUUUCUGUUGUUGUGUCAGUUUGCUGAGAAUGAUGUUCUCCAGAUUCAUCCAUGUCCCUACAAACAAUACAAACUCAUCAUUUCUGAUUGCUGCAUAAUAUUCCAUGGUGUAUAUGUGCCACAUUUUCCCAAUCCAGUCUAUCAUCAAUGGGCAUUUGGGUUGAUUCCAGGUCUUUGCUAUUGUAAACAGUGCUGCAGUGAACAUUCAUGUGCAUGUGUCCUUAUAGUAGAACGAUUUAUAUCCUUUGGAUAUAUACCCAGUAAUGGGAUUGCUGGGUCAAAUGGAAUUUCUAUUUCUAAGGCCUUGAGGAAUCGCCACACUGUCUUCCACAAUGGUUGAACUAAUUUACACUCCCACCAACAGUGUAAAAGUGUUCCUUUUUCUCCACAUCCUCUCCAGCAUCUGUUGUCUCCAGAUUUUUUAAUGAUAGCCAUUCUAACUGGCGUGAGAUGGUAUCUCAAUGUGGUUUUGAUUUGCAUCUCUCUGAUGACCAGUGACGAUGAGCAUUUUUUCAUAUGAUUGUUGGCCUUAUAUAUGUCUUCUUUCUUAAAGUGUCUGUUCAUAUCCUUUGCCCAUUUUUAAAUGGGCUGGUUUUUUUUCUGUAAAUCUGUUUGAGUUCUUUGUAAAUUCUGGAUAUCAGCCCUUUGUCAGAUGGGUAAACUGCAAAAAUUUUUUCCCAUUCUGUUGGUUGCCGAUUCACUCUAGUGACUGUUUCUUUUGCCAUGCAGCAGCUGUGGAGUUUCAUUAGGUCCCAUUUGUCUAUUUUGGCUUUUGUUGCCAAUGCUUUUGGUGUUUUGUUCAUGAAGUCCUUGCCUACUCCUAUGUCCUGGAUGGUUUUGCCUAGAUUUCCUUCUAGGGUUUUUAUGGUGCCAGGUCUUAUGUUUAAGUCUUUAAUCCAUCUGGAGUUAAUUUUAGUGUAAGGUGUCAGGAAGGGGUCCAGUUUCUGCUUUCUGCACAUGGCUAGCCAGUUUUCCCAACACCAUUUGUUAAACAGGGAAUCCUUUCCUCAUUGCUUGUUUUUGUCAGGUUUAUCCAAGAUUGUAUGGUUGUAGAUAUGUUGUGUUGCCUCCGGUGCCUCUGUUUUGUUCCAUUGGUCUAUAUCUCUGUUUUGGUACCAGUACCAUGCUGUUUUGAUGACUGUAGCCUUGUAGUAUAGUUUGAAAUCCGGUAGUGUGAUGCCCCCCGCUGUGUUCUUUUUGCUUAGAAUUGACUUGGCUAUGUGGGCUCUCUUUUGGUUCCAUAUGAAGUUCAUGGUGGUUUUUCCCAGUUCUGUGAAGAAAGUCGAUGGUAGCUUGAUGGGGAUAGCGUUGAUUCUGUAAAUUACUUUGGGCAGUAUAGCCAUUUUCACGAUAUUAAUUCUUCCUAACCAUGAACAUGGACUGUUUCUCCAUCUGUAUGUGUCCUCUCUUAUUUCAUUGAGCAGUGGUUUGUAGUCUUCCUUGAAGAGGUCCCUUACGUUCCUUGUGAGUUGUAUUCCUAGGUAUUUUAUUCUCUUUGUAGCAAUUGUGAAUGGCAGUUCGUUCUUGAUUUGGCUUUCUUUAAGUCUGUUAUUGGUGUAGAGGAAUGCUUGUGAUUUUUGCACAUUGAUUUUAUAUCCUGAGACUUUGCUGAAGUUGCUCAUCAGUUUCAGGAGUUUUUGGGCUGAGGUGAUGGGGUCUUCUAGGUAUACUAUCAUGUCGUCUGCAAAUAGAGACAAUUUGGCUUCCUCCUUUCCUAUUUGAAUACCCUUUAUUUCUUUUUCUUGCCUGAUUGCUCUGGCUAGAACUUCCAGUACUAUAUUGAAUAGGAGUGGUGAAAGAGGGCAUCCUUGUCUAGUGCCAGAUUUCAAAGGGAAUGCUUCCAGUUUUUGCCCAUUCAGUAUGAUAUUGGCUGUUGGUUUGUCGUAAAUAGCUUUUAUUACUUUGAGAUACGUUCCAUCGAUACCGAGUUUAUUGAGGGUUUUUAGCAUAAAGGGCUGUUGAAUUUUGUCAAAUGCCUUCUCUGCGUCAAUUGAGAUAAUCAUGUGGUUUUUGUUUUUGGUUCUGUUUAUGUGGUGAAUUACGUUGAUAGACUUGCAUAUGUUGAACCAGCCUUGCAUCCCCGGGAUGAAUCCUACUUGAUCAUGAUGAAUAUGUUUUUUGAUUUGCUGUUGCAAUCGGCUUGCCAAUAUUUUAUUGAAGAUUUUUGCAUCUAUGUUCAUCGUGGAUAUUGGCCUGAAGUUUUCUUUUCUUGUUGGGUCUCUGCCGGGUUUUGGUAUCAGGAUGAUAUUGGUCUCAUAAAAUGAUUUGGGAAGGAUUCCCUCUUUUUGGAUUAUUUGGAAUAGUUUCAGAAGGAAUGGUACCAGCUCCUCUUUGUGCGUCUGGUAGAAUUCGGCUGUGAACCCAUCUGGACCUGGGCUUUUUUUGUGUGGUAGGCUCUUAAUUGCUGCCUCGACUUCUGACCUGGUUAUUGGUCUAUUCAUAGUUUCAGCUUCCUCCUGGUUAAGGCUUGGGAGGACGCAGGAGUCCAGGAAUUUAUCCAUUUCUUCCAGGUUUACUAGUUUAUGUGCAUAGAGUUGUUUGUAAUAUUCUCUGAUGAUGGUUUGAAUUUCUGUGGAAUCUGUGGUGAUUUUUCCUUUAUCAUUUUUUAUUGCAUCUAUUUGGUUGUUCUCUCUUUUCUUUUUAAUCAAUCUGGCUAGUGGUCUGUCUAUUUUGUUGAUCUUUUCAAAAAACCAGCUCUUGGAUUUAUUGAUUUUUUGGAGGGUUUUUCGUGUCUCAAUCUCCUUCAGUUCAGCUCUGAUCUUAGUUAUUUCUUGUCUUCUGCUGGGUUUUGAGUUUUUUUGAUCUUGCUCCUCUAGCUCUUUCAAUUUUGACGAUAGGGUGUCAAUUUUGGAUCUCUCCAUUCUCCUCAUAUGGGCACUUAUUGCUAUAUAUUUUUCUCUAGAAACUGCUUUAAAUGUGUCCCCGAGAUUCUGGCAUGUUGUGUCUUUGUUCUCAUUGGUUUUGAAGAACUUCUUUAUUUCUGCCUUCAUUUCAUUGUUUACCCAGUCAACAUUCAAGAGCCAGUUGUUCAGUUUCCAUGAAGCUGUGCGAUUCUGGGUUGGUUUCUGAAUUCUGAGUUCUAACUUGAUUGCACUAUGGUCUGAGAGACUGUUUGUUAUGAUUUCAGUUGUUUUGCAUUUGCUGAGGAGUGCUUUACUUCCAAUUAUAUGGUCAAUUAUGUGGUGCUGAGAAGAAUGUAUAUUCUGUGGAUUUGGGAUGGAGAGUUCUGUAAAUGUCUAUCAGGUUUGCUUGCUCCAGGUCUGAGUUCAAGCGCUGGAUAUCCUUGUUGAUUUUCUGUCUGGUUGAUCUGUCUAAUAUUGACAGUGGAGUGUUAAAGUCUCCCACUAUUAUUGUGUGGGAGUCUAAGUCUCUUUGUAAGUCAUUAAGAACUUGCCUUAUGUGUCUGGGUGCUCCUGUGUUGGGUCCAUAUAUGUUUAGGAUCGUUAGCUCUUCUUGUUGUAUCGAUCUUUUUACCAUUAGGUAAUGGCCUUCUUUGUCUCUUUGGAUUUUUGUUGCUUUAAAGUCUAUUUUCUCAGAGAUGAGAAUUGCAACUCCUGCUUUUUUUUGCUGUCCAUUUGCUUGGUAAAUCUUCCUCCAUCCCUUUAUUUUGAGCCUUUGUGUAUCCUUGCAUGUGAGAUGGGUUUCCUGGAUACAGCACACUGAUGGGUUUUGGAUUUUCAUCCAAUUUGCCAGUCUGUGUCUUUUGAUUGGUGCAUUUAGUUUAUUUACAUUAGCGUUAAUAUUGUUGUGUGUGAAUUUGAUACUGCCAUUUUGAUGCUAGCUGGCUGUUUUGCUUGUUAGUUCUUGUAGAUUCUUCAUUAUGUUGAUGCUCUUUAGCAUUUAGUGUGAUUUUGGAAUGGCUGGUACUGGUUGUUCCUUUCUAUGUGUAGUGCCUCUUUCAGGAGCUCUUGUAAAGCAGGCCUAGUGGUGACAAAAUCUCUGAGUACUUGCUUGUUCGCAAAGGAUUUUAUUUUUCCUUCACUUCUGAAGCUCAGUUUGGCUGGAUAUGGAAUUCUGUGUUGAAAGUUCUUUUCUUUAAGGAUGUUGAAUAUUGGCCCCCACUGUCUUCUGGUUUGUAGUGUUUCUGCCGAGAGAUCUGCUGUGAGUCUGAUGGGCUUCCCUUUGUGGGUGACCUGACCUUUCUCUCUGGCUGCCCUUAGUAUUUUCUCCUUUAUUUCAACCUUGUUGAAUCUGACGAUUAUGUGCCUUGGGUUGCUCUUCUUGUGGAAUAUCUUUGUGGUAUUCUCUGUAUUUUCUGCAUUUGAGUGUUGGCCUGUCUUGCUAGGUGGGGGAAAUUUUCCUGGAUAAUGUCCUGAAGAGUAUUUUCCAGUUUGGAUUCAUUCUCUUCAUCCCCUUCUGGUACACCUAUCAAACAUAGGUUAGGUCUCUUCACAUAAUCCCACAUUUCUUGGAGAUUUUGUUCAUUCCUCUUUGUGCUUUUCUCUCUGAUCUUGGUUUCUCGUUUUAUUUCAUUGAGUUGAUCUUCGACGUCUGAUAUUCUUUCUUCUGCUUGGUCAAUUCGGCUGUUGAAACUUGUGCAUGCUUCGCGAAGUUCUCAUAUUGUGUUUUUCAUCUCCUUUAAUUCAUUCAUAUUCCUCUCUAAGUUAUCCAUUCUUUUUAUCAUUUUCUCAAAUCUUUUUUCAAGGUUCUUAGUUUCUUUGCAUUGCUUUAAAACAUGUUCUUUUAGCUCACAAAAGUUUCUCAUUAUCCACCUUCUGAAGUCUAAUUCCAUCAUUUUGUCACAGUCAUUCGCCAUCCAGCUUUGUUCCCUUGCUGGUGAGGAGUUUUGGUCCUUUCUAGGAGGCGAGGUGUUCUGGUUUUGGGUGUUUUCUUUUUUUUUUGCGCUGGUUUCUUCCCAUCUUUGUGGAUUUAUCCACCUGUCGUCUGUGUAGUUGCUGACUUUUCGAUUGGGUCUCUGAGUGGACACCCAGUUUGUUGAUGAUGAAAUAUUUCUGUUACUUGGUUUUCCUUCUACCAGUCUAGCCCCUCCACUGUACGACUGCUGAGGUCCACUCCAGGCCUUGCUUGUCUGGGGUGCACCUAUAGUAGCUGCGUAACAGUGAGGGAUGCUACCAGUUUCUUCUUCUGCUAUCUUUGUCCCAGGAUGAUGCCUGCCAAAUGUCAGUCUUAUGGAUAUAGAGGGGUCAGGGAGCUGCUUGAGGAGACAGUCUGUACUUUAUAGGAGCUCAAGUGCUGAGCUGUGAGCUCUGUUGUUCAUUCAGGGCUGUUAGGCUGCUACGUUUAAUUCUGCUGCAGCUGAACUCAUAAAAAAAAUUUUUUUUUUUCUCAGAUGCUCUGUCUCGGGGGGAGGGGGGGUUAGGGCUUUUUUUGUGAGUGUCCGUUGUGCUGUCCUGCCCAGCUAGGAGGCAGUCUAGUCACUAUUUGCCUGCCGAGGCUCCGCCCUGCUGGUGUGAGGUUCGCCCUGUUGCUGCAGGCUUUGCUGUGCUGCUGAGGUCUCCGCCCUGCUGCCAUGGGCUACGCCCUGCGGUGGAGUCUCUCUGUUGUAGCGGGUUGCCUCAGCAAUGGCAGGCUGCAUCAGCAAUGGGCGUGUACCUCAGUAGGGGCGGACUGCCUCGGUAAUGGCAGACGCCACUCCCCCACUGAGCUGCACCGUCCUGGGUUCAGCUGUGCCCGCACCCGGAGCAUUUGGAAUUGCGGUUUUGUUUGUCCCACUGCGCUACCCCAAACGCUGCUUCUCUGAAAUCUCCUGGGCUGGCUCACUAUCCAAGUCCCGUUCAGUCUCAAGUUCAGCCCUCUCAAAUCUCAGAUUGCUGGUGUAACAGGGCACCCGGACCAGUGCUGUUUGUGUGGAGCUCUGUGUAGCGCUGCUGCGCUACAGUGCCGGCCAAAACCUCUGCCUUGCGUCCUGCAUCUCUUUUAUACCUGGGAAUUUCCUUGUUUUGUGGGCAACAAAGAUCCGUCUGGAAAUGCGGCCCUGACUCACCCUCUCCGCGCAUUCACCGAGAGCUUCAAUCCUGGGUUGUUCUCACCGCACCAUCUUGAGUACCCCCUCUCGCUGUGUUCUAAGGAUGAUUCUCAGACACCUGGCUUGCUGCUGUGCCUGGGCCACUCUGCUGGGGGAGUGGGGUUGCUGACACCCCUUUUGGCUUCCCUGUGAGCUGCAUCCUGGGAGCAGUCCCAGAAAGUGGCCUGGGCAUGGAGCAGCCUGAGUUAGUGGGGCACGCCACACUGGGCUUGCCUUUGCCCUCGGCAGUGAGGCCUUUUGCUGCCCUCCUGAGCCGGCACGUGGCCUGGCCCAGUAUCCUCAGGUGGACGAUGAUGCUGGGCUGAGGGCCCCUGUUAUGCUGGCAUGCAUCCUGUGCCGUAUGGCUGGGCAGCAUGGCCAGGAGGCUGGUGUGGCAAGACCAUGGCCUCACCCCCUUGUCAUUUCAACCCACUCUGAGAUGCCUUUGUGGAUGGCAGCAGGGGCUCCAGCACUGCCCCGCUCUCAGCCCUGCUGGUGCCUAUGCCCGCACACCCACACAAAGAGGCCAGCUCUCCAGCCACGGGCAGUUCAUCUUUACUGCUUGCAGCUUGACGCUGCCCACCACCGGCCUUGGCCUCAGAGGGGUGUUGGCUUUCCUGGGACUGGCAGGAUGUGGGGCAGGCCAGGCACCCAGACAGGUGGCUUUGUUUCCUGUAGCAGUGGGGAAGAGGUUGCUGGUGGUGGGAGCAAGCCGGGCGGGUCGGCCUCAUCCGGCUGUGUGGGCAGCAUCUGUGUGGCUGAGCCUUGGGGCUCCCUGGGGCCCUGCCGCUUUGGGGCAGCCUGGCUGGGCAGGCGGUGCUGCCCUCGGCUGGGUCUGUCAGGGCUUAAUUACAGAGACAGCUCUUGUUUGCUAUGGUAGUUACUAGCUGCCUUCUUCUUCUUUUUGGUGCCAAAGAAUUCCAUUUGGGGAAUUUAUACAGCCAAUUAGGUAUUUAGCUCACGGCAAUUAAUGGCUGGAAUGCAAGCAUUAGCUAAAACCGAAAUUGGAAUUCACACAUCCACGCAUUUGCUUCUCGGUGGAGGCUGCAGGGAUGCACUAAGCAUUGUCUGGGGAGCCAGGAGAGGACGCCCGGGCUGCACCCCAGAUUGGCUGUGGAUUCCUGGUUCUGUCCUUGCGUGGGAAGGAGUGUCUCAGUUUUUCAGGGCAAUGUUUUACAAUCAGUUUGACACUCAGAGGCCAUCAUGGUCCCCCUGGAGCUGCUGUUGGCCUGCUGCACCUGGUGUUUGAGCUAUGUCCUUACUGGGCAUACAGGUCACUGCCUCCAUGUCUUUCAAAGCCCCCCGUGGGCUUCUGGUCAUAUUGGGAUGCGCCUCGAAAGUGGCGGGAGCCAUGAUGCUGUGAGACCAGGAGCUGGGAGGCGGCAGGUCGGCCCUGUCUUCAGUCCACAGAAGCCAGAAUUGAGAUGGGUUCCAGAUGUUGUGGGUGCCCUGGACAGUCAGCUGUGCGACCACCCAGCUUGCCCAAUGGUGGGAAGAGGCUGGGGCUGCCAUGGGACUGGCUUCCCCAAGACAGGGAGCAGUGGGAUGAAACCAGACAAUAAAACCUAGUGAUUUUCUCAUGGCCAACCAAAUAAUCUCUGAGGAAAUCAGCCCAGGCACCAUUUGGAUUUCAAGCUGCUCCGUGUGCCCAUGGCAGGCCAGGCAGAACCCGGGUGGGGACUGCCUCCCCAGGGCGGCUUGCAGGUGGCUCAGGUGGGGCUCACGGCAGAUCUUCAUCAUGAGUGUGCCCAGCACAGGCCGACCCUGGCAACAGCUCAUACUCGCCUAGGAAUUUCCACAUUAAAAUAGAAUUGAAAAUAUUCAAUUUAAUGUAAAAUUAAAAUGUAGCUUUUUCUUACCUAUAGCUUAUAGAUCAGGGGCAAUUUUUUCUCUGUCUCUUACACAUUCAGGCACACGUCCUCCACAUGAACAGUCCCUCAGCCCCUAAAUGGUUUGCAAGGACAGACUGUGCCUGGGAAGACCUGGGGCGAGCUGGGAAUCUGGACUCUGGGUGACUGUGUCAUGGUGGGCUGGGUGGGACAGGAGCCUGGGGUGCUGGAGUGCCAGGGUUUACCUGCCCAUGCUGAGUCUCCUGGCUUCUUGUGUGGGGUGGUCUGAGGGCAACCCAGAGGCUUCUGAACGCUGACGUGGUCUUGCCAGUGCCCGCUGCCAAGAUGAUGUGUCUGCUGCUCUGUGGCUCACUGGAACAGGAGGAGGUGGGAGAGGGAGCCGUCCAGGGCAGAGGAGGGACAGGCUAACUCCAGGCAGAGCCGCCUCUCAAGGACCCGUGGCCCCACCAGGCAGCACAAACCCCAAGAUGGGGCAGGAGGCUGUUCCCUCGACAAGCAGUGGGCAGGCGUCUGCGUUCACUCUUCCUUUGGUGCUGAGAGCAACCUCAGGGCUGAGCUGUCACACAAGCCUCAGGUCCCCUCUCUUCUCUGGCACCCCUCACCAUUCAGUGGGAGAGGGCAGGGACCCUGAACAGGUGCUACUGAGAGGAGGAACAGGUGCUGCUGGAAUUACACCCAGGAACAGGUAUGAGUUGCACCCAGGACUCGGGGUAGGGCACCACAUGGGAGCAGCUCUGCCCCUGGCCGUCCCAGGCAGUCCCGUUGCUGGUGGUCCACUCUGACCCCCAUCACCUGGACAAGGACUCCCAGAGACUCGCAUGGUAGAGGAAGCUCCUGUGUGAUUCGCCUGCUAGCCGCAGGCCUUGUCACCCUCUCUGCUGAGUCUUACUCUUAGGAAGGGGUCUUGUGGGUGCCCCUAGUAGGAGGAGGAGGCUCACCCAGGUGGGGACAAGGAGCUCACAUGCUUGGUGGGAAGAUUCGCCCCACACCGCUCCCCGUGUCAGGGAGAUUCGCCCCGGGCCGCUCCCCCUGUAGGAAAAAUUCACCUUGUGCCGCUCCUCCUGCUUCCUCUCCUCCCUGAGGCCUCCUGGCAGCCGAGUAGGCUUAGUAUUCAGCCUGAGAGCUGCACAAUGUGACUGACCAUGCGGGGGGCAGCCCCCAGCGCAUAAUUACAGACCUGUCAGUGGGAAAACGGUCUCGUUAAUUCUCUGUUGAUUGAUUUCAGCCUUUCCCCAGAAAUCAAGUUUUUCUAUUGAUUUGAUAUAAACCUACCCCUUGGAUUGCAACUGAGUCUGGCAACUCAGGCAAGAGGUGGCCACUUUGCAGCCUUCUGAGCCUUCGGGGAGUGGUCAUGCUUGGCACUGCCCUGGAGCCACAGGAGCCUUUGCCCGAGCCGUGGAAGAUGGGGUCGCAUGUCCUCUGCAGACUCCGCUCCUGCCUCUGCCCACAAAGACCCACUCCCCCAGUGACCUGUGGCCACCUAGUGGGGACAGGACAUUUGCAGUGUGCUUGUUGACCAGCUUAAGAGGCGUUCUGAUUUAAAGGGAACAAAAAAGUUUUAUUUUUUUAAAGAUACUUAUUUAUGUUCCUGAAAAGGCUUCUGUCUGCUUUAGUACUGUCUUUCUAGGGCAAAGACUAUGCUCUAGAUUUAUAAAUGUUUCUUUUAACUCACUAUUGUGCCCAUUUGCUUGGAGGCCCUGUCCUCCUCUUGUCCUCCAUAAGGCAAGAAUGGUGGAAGGAGAUAAAAAAUCUGUUCUAACUUUUCCUAAAAUGGAAGUGUGUCAUUUUAUUUUCUGACAAAAAAGGAAACAUACAUUCCCUCCUGUGCCUUUUUUAUAUACAUGUUUCCUGUUACUAGAAUCGAAGCGCACCAAAGGGGAGGAAGCAGGCGGAGCACUGCACGGCUGGGGAGUGCACAAAGGUACAAGGCACAAAUCAAAAUCACCGCCUGAGGGUCCUAAAGCCCCAAGAUAAUCCUUGUGAAGAUCAUUCAGCUAAAUGUCUUUUUAGAUGCUUUUCUGGGCACAAACACACACACCAAAAAUAGAAUCCUGUACUUCUGCAAAUUUUUCUUAUCACUUGCCAAAUAUAGACUGUCUUACUUCUGAAUGCUGAGUGGUAUUCCGGGUUGAAUACUGAUACAUGGUAUCCGUUGCAUGCAGGUGCCAUCAUGUGUUGAACCAGCCCUCUAGUGGAGAAAAUGUAGGCUGCAGUGUUUCUCCACCAUGCAGAUGAUAACCAUGAAUAGAUAACCGGUCACUUUCAGCCCUCGCAUGUGUGCAUAUGGGGAAUGCAAGCAUUCCAGGGUUCUCAGGCUCAGCCUCCUUAGACAUCAUAUGAUGACAUUCUCUGCUCAUCUUUUUAAUCAUGUCAGGUGAUCAGAGAAUGAUUUCCUUGCCACCAUCACCACCACUGCCAUCACCAUUGUCACCAUCACCACCACCAUCACAACUGCCACCACCAUCACUAUCACCACCACUGCCAUCACCAUUGCCACCAUCACCACCACCAUCACAACUGCCACCACCAUCACUAUCACCACCACUGCCAUCACCAUUGCCACCAUCACCACCACCAUCACAACUGCCACCACCAUCACUAUCACCACCACUGCCAUCACCAUUGCCACCAUCACCACCACCAUCACAACUGCCACCACCAUCACUAUCACCACCACUGCCAUCACCAUCACUACUAUCAUUACCACUGUCACCACUGUUGCUACCACCCCAUCACUACCACUACCACCACCAUCACCACCCUCAUCACCAUCACUGUCACCACCACCGCUACUACCACCACACCCGGUUACUGCCAUUACCACUGCCACCACCACUACUGCCACCAUCAUCUCCACUACCACCCCAUCACCACCACUACCACCACGCCAUCACUACCAUCACCACCACCAUCACUACUAUCACCAUCAUCACCAUGACCACCCCCAUCACCAGUAUCACCAUCACCACCACCAUUGCACCUCUAUCGCCAGCAUCAUCACCACCAACACCAUUGCCACUGCCACCACCACCAUUACCAUCAUCACCACCACCACCACCACCACUACCACUAUCCACCCCAUCACCAUCACCAUCACCAUCAUCACCACCACUACCACCACCCUGUGACUAUCACCACCACCAUCACUACUACCACCAUCACCAUGACCACUCCCAUCACCAGUAUGCCACCAUUAUCACCACCACCAAUGUCACCAUCACCACCAUCAUCACCACCACUAACACCGUCGCCACUGCCACCGCCAUCACCACUAUCACCCCUAUCACCAUCACUACCGUCAUUACCAGGCCCAUAGCUACAAAUGCUACUGCCAUCACCAUCAUUAUCACCACCACCACCAUCACCACCAUCCCCCCUUUCACCCUCACCACCACCAUCACCAUCACUCUCACCACCAUCACCGUCGCUGUUGUUGAGGAAGUCUGCCUGGAGCUAUGCUAGAACCCUAUGGCAGCAGUCCUGGGAUACCACAGGCACCACAGCCUCUGAUUUGAGGCCCGAACCGACAGUCCAUCUAGCUUUUGGGAGCUGGGCCUGGGGCAUUUGGUGUCUGAACGUCAGGUCUUCAUAGGAUGUUUGAGGAGGUGACUUUGCCCACAAGAAGGCAGUUUUGAGCCUGUCUCUACCUUCAUGGGCUGUGACCACACACCGUGUGUUGUUGCAACUAAGUUUGGGAGAAAUGUCUACUCAGAAAUGAAGACUCAUUAGGGUAAGAGGUCAGGAGGUUGUCAGGACCCAGUAUGACUCAUGUGAGCAUAGAAAAAUGAAGAUAUUUUCUAAAUGACUUGGUAGAGCAUGACAGGAAAUGCAGACGGAGCCUCAGCAUGGCAUCACGGAACCCCAAGCCGGAAGAUGGAGCCUCAGCAUGGCGACACGGGAACCCCAAACCGGAAGACGGUGCCUCAGCAUGGCGACACAGAACCCCAAGCCGGAAGACGGUGCCUCAGCAUGGAGUCACGGAACCCCAAACCAGCUCCUCCCUGGGUUUCUCAUCAAUAAAUCAGUCAAUAUUUCCACAUUGUAAAAUUAUUUCCAAAAGAUCUACCUUCCUUGUGGGCUCCACGAGGUGCACCCUGUAAAUAAGCCUGGGGCUCCACAGACUGGGCCGUCUUGCUGAUCUUUCAGACUUGUCUUGCAAUGAAUACGAACUGAUUUUCAUGUCUUUACUUUCUGUGUCUAUUAAAGCUGAAUUUACUAUGCAAUCUUUAUAUUAAUAAACACCAUGACUUGAUAUUUAAAAGAAUUAGAGAUGGUCAUGAACUGGGGUUGGCAAACUUUCUCUGUAAAGGACCAGUUGAUAAAUACCUUGGCUUUGAAAGCCACAUGUAGCAACUGUUUUCUGCUCCUCCCUCCUCCUCUUAUUACUGCCCCCACUCCUCCCCCUCUUCUCCUCCUUUCUUCUCCCUUCCCCACUUCUUCUCCUUCUCUUUCUCCUUUUUCCUACAACCCUUUAAAAAUAUAAAAACCAUUCUUAGCUCAUAGGCCCGUGAGACAGGUCUCAAUCAAUUUAGAAAGUUAAUUUUGCCAAGGUUAAGGACACACCGGUGACACGGCCUCCGCAAGUCCUGAGACAUGUGCCUGAGGUGGUCCCGUGUACAGUUUGCUUUUAUACAUUUUAGGGAGAUAUGAGACGUCAAUCAGUAUGUGUGAGAUGUGCUUUGGUUUGGUCCAGUAAGGUGGGACAACUGGAAGUGGGGCUUCCAGGUUAGAAGUAGGUAAGAGACAAAAGGUUGCAUUCUCUUGAGUCCUUGACCAGCCUUCCACAGAAUACACUAUUGAGCCUGGCUCAGUGAAUCUGCAUUUUUACAUAAACAGUAGGGGAGCGGGAGCAACGAGAUAUGCGUUUGUCUGAGGGGAGCCUCCGAGGGACGAGGGACUCUGAACAGAGUGGGAGGCAGGUGUGCCCUGAGCAGUUCCCAGCUUGAUUUUGCCAUUUAGCCUAGUAGUUUUAGAGUCCCAAGGUUUAUUUUGCUUUCACAGGCCUUAAAUGAAAAGACAGGUGGGGCAGGUCCAAGGCUGCAGUUUGCUGGCCCCUGGUCAAAGAGUGUCUAUGAGGAAGUCCCUAGCUGUGGAAGUGCUGCUAAGCCCUAUAUGCUAAUCAGCUAGGUGUCAGCUUAAAGUGCAUUUUCACACAGCACAAUUCAUCUUUAGCAAAUUCCAAGAAAAUCAAUGGCCAGAACUGGCCUUCUCUUGGCUGUAGUGAUCUGUCUGCAUCAGAUCGGAUUUCCUGCGAAGAACAACUAGCAGUGUUGGAUAAAAUAUAUGGAACAUCAGCUUUGGGAGCUGUGGAGGCAGCUGGGAUUUGAGAGGCCAGGAUCCUGUUAAUGAGCCUGAUUCGGUCAUUGCACCGUGUAUAUGUGUAUUGAAAUAUCACGUUGCACCCCACACAUAUGUACAAUUAUUUGUCAAUUAAAAAUAAAAUAAAACUUUUUGUUUGUUUUGGGUUUUUUUGAGAUGGAGUCUUGCUCUGUUGUCCAGGCUGGAGUGCAGUUGCACAAUCUCGGCUCACUGCAACUUUGCCUCCUGGCUUCAAGCAAUUCUCCUGUCUCAGCCUCCCAAGUAGCUGGGACUACAGGCACCUGCCACCACACCCGGCUAAUUUUUUGUAUUUUUAGUAGAGACAGGGUUUCACCAUAUUGGUCAGGCUGGUCUUAAACUCCUGACCUCAGGUGAUCUGCCUGCCUCAGCCUCUCAAAGUGCUGGGAUUACUGGCGUGAGCCACCGUGCCCAGCCAAUAAAACUUUUAAGAAAGACCCAUUGGAGGGCACUGUUGGGGAGCUGAUCCCUCUGGGCUGCCUGUCUCCUGGGGACAUUUGUGAUUCCUGUCCAAAGAGGCUAGAAAUUAGGUAAGGGUUGUGGAGAAGAGGCAGUGAAUCCCGCAGAGCACUUGGCUACCUCACAGGUUGAGCGACACGCAAAUUGAUGUUUGGGUUGCAAAGGUUACCAGGUCUUGAGGAGACUGGAUCCCAGAGAGAAACGCACAGAGGCAAUCAGCACCUGUGGCUUUCACCUUUGACACACUGGCCAAAUUCUUGAGUUGAGGAAGAUGCUGAUCAGAAAGCUAUGGAAAAGCAGGGAAGAAUUUUUGGCAGUCUUAUAAUGCUGAAGAGACACAACUGGAAUUCAGGAACUUCUAAGAAAGAGGGGCCAUAGCACACACCGAGCUCCCGGCCCCAGAUGAGUCAUGUCAUAAGUGUGAGGAUAAACCAUGAGUAGACUGAUCCUUCCAAGAAUGACAGGUCUGAACUGUUGGCUCAGGCCUCACUUGAGUUAAGGGGAUCUACCCUCCAUAUGGCUGUCUAGUGAGGAGGAAGGUAAGAAGAUAGAAUCACCCAAAGUCUCUGCAGUUUCAUAUGUAAUGUCUGAAUUUCAGUUGUCAAGAAGCAAGACCAAGACACAAAAACAGAUGAUAAUGUUAUACCCACAGAUAGUUAUUAUACUUGUCACAGUCAAAUUUUAAAAGAACUCUGAUUGAUAUGUUAAGAAAAUAAGGGGUACGUGGACAAUUUCACCAGAAAAAUUGAUUCUAUGAACAAAGUAACCAAAUGGAAAUUGUAGACCUGAAAUUAAGAACUCAAUAGAUGGGUAUCACAAAAGAUUGGGUGUGAAGGAAGAGUGGAUGACUGAGCUGGAUGAAGGUCCAUGGGAAAUAACCAGGCAGAGUAACAGAUCAGAACUGAGAAACAGUAUAGGAGAGAGCGUAUGAGGCAUGUGAGAUCUGUUGGAAAGGUCUAUACAUGUAAGUGGAGUCCCAGAAUAGGAGAAAGAAAAGAAAGAAGCAAUAUUCGAGGCAAUGAUAGAUAGCUAAGGUGUCUUUUCAAACCUGAAGAAAGACACCAAACCCUGGCUUUUAAAAGAUCUAUUAUGUAGCUAUUUUAAAGAUAAAUAACAGUUUAAUACUGGCAGUUUUGUAUAGUUAGUUCAGCCUCACAAAAUGAAUACAAAGAAAACUCUAUGUCUCAACAUCAUCCUAAAAUUAGCAAAAACCAAACUUUAAGAGAAAAUCUGGAAAGCAGGCAGAGAAAAAGCAUAUGACAUUCAUCUCUAUUGAUGAAUUGUUUCACCAGAAACCAUGGAGACCAGAAGGCAGUGUGGUGAACCUCCCAUGUGAGGGAGGAAAACACCCCAUCAACUCAAGUUCUUUCCUCACUGGAAAUGUUUCUCAGUAUAAAGAUGAAAUCAAGACAUGUCCAGACAAACAGAACUUGAGAGACUCCAUCAACAGAUGACUCUUAUGAAAAUACUUCGGGGACUUCUGGCAGAAGGAAAAUAAUCCCAUGUGGAAACAAGGAAAUAAGGAAGGCUGGGACAGCAGUGGGAGGUGUCAGUGGGUUGGUGAAUCAACAUAAAUAUUGACUGCACAGAAGGUAAAGUAGUCAGUGUUCUCAGGUUUUGGCAUUUUCCAGGAUGUGAUAAUGUGUGUUACAGUGUAAUAAGUCGGGGAUCCGUGUUCUUUUUUGUGGAAAGAAUCUGUAACAUGUGAUCUACCCUCUUAACAUUUUAAGGGCAUAGCACAGUAUUGUUGACCAUAGCUGUGAUGUCGUACCGCAGAUCUCUACCCCUCGUUCAUCCUGCAGAACUAAAACUUCAUACCCAUUGAUUAGCAACUCCCCACCCUUGCCGCCACCCAGUCCCUGGAAACCAUCAUCCUCUCUCUGUUUCUGUGAAUUGACUAUUUUAGAAGCCUUGUCUAAGUGCAGUCAUGCGGUGUUUUCUUUUCUGUGCCUGGAUUAUUUCACACAGCUCAUGUCUUCCAGGUUCAUCUAUGGUGUCACUUACGGCAGGAUUUUCUUUUUUAAGGCUGAGUAAUGUUUCACUGCAUAGAUACACCGCAUUUUCAAAACCUGUCUGUCUGUUGAUGGACAUUUGGGUUGUUUCCACUUCUCGGAUAUUGCAAAUGAUGCCACAGUGAGUGUGGGAAUGCAAGUAUCUCUUUGGAGAUCUUGAUUUUGACUCUUUUGGGUAAAAGCCCAGCUGUGGGAUUGCUGGAUCAAAUCGUAGUUCCAUUUUUAAUUUUUUUGAGGAAACUGUACUAUUUCCCACAGUACAUAGGUUCUUUCUGUAUCUCCACAGCAGCUUACAAUCUUCACCAAGACUCUUCUUUUUUUUUUUUUUGAUAAUAGCUAUCUGACAAGUGUGAUAUGAUAGCUCAUUGUAGUGUUGAUUUUGAUUUUGCUGAUGAUUAGUGAUGUGGAGCAUUUGUGUUGUAUAUCUGUAGUCCAUUUGUAUUUCUUCUUGUGAGAAAUGACUAUUCAGGUCCUUUUGCCCAUUAAACAAAAAAUCAGGAUAUUUUGUUUUUGGUUAUUGGAUAUUAACUUUAAAAAAAGUUAUAUGAUAUACAAGUCUUCUGUUCUGUAGACUGCCUUUUCACUCUGUGGAUUGUUUCUUUUGCUGUGCAGAAACUUUAGUUUGAUAUAGUCUUACUUGUCUAUUUCUGCUUUUGUUGCCUGAGUUUUUGGUGUCAGAUCCGAAAAAUAAUUGCCAAGACCAAUGUCAUGAAGGUUUUUUUCUAUGUUUUCUUCUAGGAGGUUUACCAUUUCAGGAGUUACAUUUAAGGCAGCAAUCCAUUUUUAGUUGAUGUGUGUGUGUGUGUGUGUGUGGUAUAAGAUGAUAGUAGAGUUUUGUUCUUUGCAUGUGGAUAUCCAGUCUUUCUGACACCAUUUGGGAUGCGCUUACGUGUGCUGCACCAUAAUAAGUCAAGGACCUUGUUGUUAUUUCUAGAAUAACCACAAAAACAAUAGCUAACAAGCUAAGAAAGGGAAUAAAAAUACUCAAUCCAAAAGAAAGCAAUAAAAAAGAGUAAAGGGGAAAAUAAAACAGAUAAGACAAAUAAAAAACGAAGAUAGAUAGUAGAUAUAAAUUCCAACAUAUUAGUAAUUUCAUUGCAAAUAAAUGAGAUAAACAUUCCAAUCAAAAAUUAAAGAUUGCCACUAAAAAUCAAAACCAUGCUGCUUACCAGGGACUACCUUCAAUGUUGCGAUAUAAAAGGUUGAAAGGCUGGAAGAGAAUACAAUGAAAACAUUAACCUAAAGAAAGCUGGUCUAUCUAAACUAAUACACAAAGUAGGUCUUAAGGCAGGAAGAGAAUACAGUGAAAACAUUACAUAAAGAAAGCCGGUCUAUCUAAACUAAUACACCAAGUAGGUCUUAAGGCAGGAAGAGAAUACAGUGAAAACAUUACCUGAAGAAAGCUGGUCUAUCUAAACUAAUACACAAAGUAGGUCUUAAGGCAGGAAGAGAAUACAAUGAAAACAUUACCUGAAGAAAGCCGGUCUAUCUAAACUAAUACACAAAGUAGGUCUUAAGGCAGGAAGAGAAUACAAUGAAAACAUUACCUAAAGAAAGCCGGUCUAUCUAAACUAAUACACAAAGUAGGUCUUAAGGCUGGAAGCAUUUUUUGAGAUAAAAAGGGUCAUAAAAAUAAGGACUAGUCUAUCAGGAACACAUGAUAAUUAUACAUUUGAUGCACCUGAUAUAAUUUUCAAAUAUAUAAAGCAAAUGUUUGAUAAGUAAAGGAAAGAAUAAUGCACAAUUUCAUAUGCAUUUUAUGCAUGUUUGCUUUUAUUAUUGGUAUGUUUGUUCUAUCAGGUAUUUAGAGAGAGACGCCAAAGAGGUCUGAAGAACGAGAUUAGCAAUCUUGGCCUCAGUGGCACACUGCACCUAUCAAAUAGAACCUGCAUUCUGAUCUAGUGCACAUGGCAUACAUACUGAAAAUGACCAUCUCAGAGUAUUUUUUUGGUGAAAGAAAUUAAGCUAAAAACAUUGGGAAAAAAACCCCUAGAAAUAUCUAAAUGUUUGGAAAUUAAGUAGUACUCUUCUAAAUACCCCAUGUGUCAAAGAAGAAAUGUUGACAGAAAUCUGAAGAUACUUUGAACUGAACUAAAAUAAAAAUACAAUGUUAAGCAAUUGUGGGAAUUUUGGGAUCAAGCUAAAGCUAUGGUCAGAAAUAAAUUAUAAUCUCAAAUGCUUUUAAUAGAAAAGAAGAAAGGGUGAAAAUACGUGUCUAAAGAAUUUAGAAAAAGAACAAAAUUGGCCGGGUGCAGUGGCUCACGCCUAUAAUCCCAGCACUUUGGGAGGCCGAAGCGGGUGGAUCAUGAGGUCAAGAGAUCGAGACAAUCCUGGUCAGCAAGGUGAAACACCGUCUCUACUAAAAAUACAAAAAUUAGCUGGGCAUGGUGGCGCGUGCCUGUAAUCCCAGGAGGCUGAGGCAGAAUUGCCUGAACCCAGGAGGCGGAGGUUGUGGUGAGCUGAGAUUGCGCCAUUGCACUCCAACCUGGGCAACAAGAGUGAAACUUCGUCUCAAAAAAAAAAAAAAGAAAAGGAAAAGAACAAAAUUGAAGUUAAAGACAUAUAAGAAUAUGAUAAAAAGAAGAGCAAAAAUAAUGUAAGAGAAAACAAAUGUACAAUAUAAAGAGAAUGAACAACACCAAUUGUUGAUUCUUUAAAAGAUUUGAAUAUAAAUUUCUGGCAAGCCUGAUCAAGAAAAACAGAAGGAAGGACCAACUCACCCAAGCCAGGAAUAAAAAGUGGACAUUGCUAUAGGUCCAUAUCACGAGCAACUUUUGCCUGUAAACUUCAAUAUAAAGUGGCAAAUGUAGCCUUGUAUUUUUUUUUACCCUGUGAUCGAAUAAUUUCACCCAUAGAUAUGCUUAUUCCCAACAGAAAUGCAGACUGAGGUUUGCAAAGGACACGUACAAGAAUGUGUCUAGCAGCUUGGUUUGUAUCUGUGGAAGCUGAACACAUUCGUCUUUUAUGGUCUGGUAAUUCCGCUCCUGUGAGUACAUACCCAAUAGGAAUGCAAACUUAAAUAUACAAAAAUGCCUAAGAAUGUUCCCAGCAGCUUGAUUUAUAACAGCUUACAACUGAAAUAACUUAUACGUCUAUCCACAGUAGAAUGUAUAAAUAACGGUGGGGUGUUUCAUACAAUUAAAUACUACAGAGCAGUAGAAAAGCACCAGCUACCGUGGCACAGAGCAGCACAGAUGACUCUCACAAAUGUGACGUUGUGCAAAGAAGCCAGACUCAAAAGAGCACAGAGUGUGAUUCCGUUGACCUGAAGCUUCAACAGGCAAAGCUCAUGUUCAGCCUGGGAUUUAGAAUGAUGUUGACUGAGAGGAUGGGUAGGGGCUUGUCGGUGACGAAUCUGUGUCUGGGUGGGUGUGUUUGUUUUGCAAAAAUUCAUAAGGUUGGGGGCUCUUCCCCCUUUCCUGUUUUCACUCCAGGUUAGUCACCAGGUGUUUCGUCUGUAGCAAGAGUGUAAGCAGGUCUAGUGAGGGUGAGGCUUGUCUUAAGCUCCGUUUUAUGGGACUUGCAUCUGUUCUGAGCUGGCCUUGCUUCCUGGAAAUCCCAGGCCAGGCUGCGUCUUCAGGCAUCAUCAAGUGUGUACUUCUCAUCGGUGCACUCUUUGGAAUGCACAAUAUUUCAAUGAAAAGUUUAUAAGGUGAUAUUUCUAAUAGCUGUUGUUCAUUUGCAUAAUAAUUUAAAUGUAUUCCAGGGGCUUUAACACAUUUUAUCUUUGCUGAUAGUCUCAGAAAACCUUUGCAGGAGGCUGCAGGCAUUUAAGUGAUGCUUGCCUUCCCUGGGAAAGGUGGGGCCUGGGCCAGAGCUUGCACCCUCCCCAUCCUCAACACCGUCCCAGGAUGACUCAGAGGUCAGCUUUUCAUGACCAAAACAUUUGAAACCUGCGUUUGAGCUCUGUCUGACAGGACUUUGUCAUUUGUAGUUAGCUCUAGCUUGAUAGGUUUGGAGGCUUGUUCAGGGAACAGGCCUGGGAUUCUGGAGUGCCCAGUGCUUUCGCCCUGGUUCAAGGCCCUCCCGCGCCCACCUCGCUGCUACUCAUGAGUCACUGUGUGUGGUUCCCCUGAGGAUAUGGGGAGCACCUGUGGCAUCUCCCUGACCAUGUCAUGUUUCUCUUCUCCCUCACACUUCAUUAAAGGUCCAGUGGGAACUCCGAGUCCUCCCCUCCCUGUCCUGAACAAGGCCUCCCGUGAGUUGGCCAGAAUAUGCCAUGGUCAUGGCUGCAGUGAUUGGCUCAGGAGGGGUCAUGUGACCAAAGUGGAUCCUGUUAGAGUGGACUAGACUCUGAGGAUGCUGGACAAGACUCUGCAUUUCUGCUCAGGUGGGCAGGACAGCAGGUAGACUUGUCACUGCUGGCACUUGAGGGCUGGUAUUGAUGUCCAGCAGGCAGGUCAGAGAGAGGGACGAGCCGGUCCUGGGUAACAUGGUGGAGCACUCGGACACAGCUUCUCAAGCACCAGCCUGUCUGUCAGGUUUGUGGCUGUGAUCCAGUGUGAGCCUGGUGUGUGCUCAGUGUAUGUCCACUGUGAGCCAGUGUGUGCCCAGUGUGAGCCCAGAAUAAGCCAUUGUGUGUCCAAUGUGUGCCUGGUAUAAGCCAGAGUGUGCUCAGUGUGUGCCUGGUAUAAGCCAGUGUGUGCCCAGUGUGAGCUGAUGUGUGCCCAGUUUGUGCCCAGUGUGAGUUGUGUGCCCAGUGUGUGCCCAGUGUGUUAGUGUGUGCCCAGUGUGAGUUGAUAUGUGUCUAGUGUGUGCCCAGUGAGUUGAUGUGUCCCUAGUGUGUGCCCAGUGAGUCAGUGUGUGCCCAGUGUGUGCCUAGUGUGUGCCGAUGUGUGCCUAGUGUGUGCCCCGUAUGUAUCCACCGUGUGCUCAGUGUGUAUCCAGUGUGUGCCCGGUGUGAGCCCAGUGUGAGUGAGUGAGUACCCAGUGUUCAAGCUGGCCGAGUGUUCAAGCUGGCUCUGAUCUGUCACUGAAAACAUUCUCACUGAGACAAAGACAAGAAUUUGGUUCUGAUUUGCUUGAAAUCACAGUGACGAAUUUGAACUUGUUUUCCUCAGUCCAAGCUCUUUGCAUUUGCCAUGUUCUGGGGUCUUGGGUGGUCCUCGUUAGCCAGCUCCCCAAGGGCGACUUCACCCCUUCGGUCUGAUUGGAGUCAAACAUGUCUGCUCUGGUUCCACGGCCAGACACAGCCAGGGUCAGAUGGCCACUGCCUGGGGGUCUCCGUGCAGGGACCUUUCUGAGAGUAUGGGGGCUCCUCCCCGGUUCUCCUGCUUUCACUGCAGGGCAGUCACCAGGUGCUUCUUUCAUAGUGGGAGUGUGAGCUGGGUUCCGUGCUCUCAUGGAAGCUGGCCUUGUUUCCUGGAAAUCCCAGGGCAGGCUGCAGCUUCCUGAAGGGACACAACAUCGGUCCCCCAAGGGGUGAGUGGGCCUUAGGGCUUCAUUGAUCCCGCAGCCCUGCCAUAUCUCUUGUGGUAGCAACACCACCAAACGGUUCCCUGUCCAUUAGGACAAGAAGCAUGCAUGCCCAUGCAGUGAUCUUGGCUCUUGGAGUGGGAGUCCACCAGAGCCAGGGCCGCACUGAGCCCUGUGAGGCCCCGCAAGCCACUGAGACCUUCUGGAAACAUGCCUGGGGCCACACACCCUGAAGCAUUUCCAUGAAGGUGAUGGGGCGGUUUUCACCUUCACCAGAGACCUCCACGUGUGGCACUGACUUCCGGGUCUGAGAGGCCCUUCUGCCUGUGAGGCCUGCAGGCUGCUCUCCCUCAUCCCAUCCCAUGCAAGCUUGCUGCAUUCUUUAGCCCUCUUUCAAUUCAGGUGGAUUCUCCUGCUCCUUGGAAUACUUACAAAGCAUUGUUGUUUAAGAAAUCUUCUGGUCCCAGGAGUGUGGCUAGGCUGUGUGGUCUCCACGCCAGUUGGUUGGGUUUGGGGAAUCUCACAUGUCUUUGGGCUUCAUAUUCACCCCCUUGCACAUCUUGCUUUUAAAUGAUCACUUUUGUUUGGCGAUUUGGACUUGACAUUUCAGACCCCAUUAGCUGAUUAUCAAUGGCAUAGUAUGGAAACCCACUCCUGCAUCCAAUUGAAUUCAGAUUGCAUUUAAUAAAAAAGCUGUGAAUUAGUGAAAAACCAGAAACUUGAGUUGAGCCCAUCUUCCUGAACGUUUGCCUGCUGGCGGUCUGGAGCUGAGUUCUUUCCUUUUGGACAGGGCUCUGCUGUUGGGAUGUCCAUGUGCUUGAGCGGAGGGUGGCAGGAGGGACGUGCGACCAGGCCAGGCUCUCCUGGGCUGGGAAUGAGGGAGAUGGCACAUCACCAGCGGGUCUAAGGGUGUGUGGAAGCCGCAGUGGGGACCCAGCAUUGGGCUGACGGUCAGUGGGAAGGAGGCAGAGAUGGUGGCGGAGUGGGUGGUGCAGAGAGCACCUGGUGGCAGGAAGGUCCUGGAGAAGGGAUGCUGAGCUUUGGGCUGUGGGAGGAGCAGCUGCUAAGGGCCAGCACCGAAAGCCUAGCAGGACCUCCUCAAGGCUUCCAUCGUUCCGGCUGUGGAUCUGCUGGAACGUGCUUCAGUUCUGAUUGAACGUGUUCUUCCCUGGAGAUGCAGGGCAGCUCCUGCUGCAGAGCAGGGUCUCAGAUGCUGCCUCACCAUGCCCUUGGCUUCAGGAAAGCCCCUUGGCUGGGCAAGUGCUGUGGAGGCAGGAACACUCUGCGCUGCCCCGGUGUGGGUACAGUACGUCUGAAACACAUUGGUUGGAUCAGGAAGCAUGUUCUUAGUACAGAGCAGUUAGAUGAGAAUAUUGUAUCUUAGCAAGCCAGACAGCCAGUGCGAGGAGUCUGAAGCCUUGGUCUCAGUUCAGGCUUGGCCACCAACUCGCCAUGUGCCCACAGGUUGAUUUGGCUGGGUCAGUUAGAAUUUGCAAAUCCUCCUGCACCCUGUUUUUUUUGCAGUAAGGGUAUCCUGGCACUGGGGUACAGUUGGCAUGCCCUCAGGAUGCUCUGCAUGAGGGGAAGCUGCUUUUAUAACUUCCACUGCCAUGAAAAAACUCUGUCUUUAUUGGAAAAGAUGUGAAAGAAGUGAGUAAUGACACGAAGACAUAGUGACUGAAUUCCCCAUCAGAAUCAGGAAGGAACUCUGCCUCUGAACUGUAGCUGUCUCCCAUUAGGUCACUGCCUGGCCCCCUUCGAGCACUGACUGAAAGUGACCUGACUGUGAGACAGAGGCCUGGUCGGGUGACGACGACUCUGUGACGAAUACCAUUUGGCUACUAGAAUUAUGCUUCUUAUGUUUCUUAAGAACAUAAGAAAAUCCUGGUGGAAUAAUGUGUGCCAAUUAUUAUAAAGCGUGCCAAUGCUGUGACCUCAAUGAUGGAGAUACCAUAAGUAACAUAAUAAAUAGACCAAUAUCAGUACCAAUGCUGUGACCUCAACGAUGGAGAUACCAUAAGUAACAUAAUAAAUAGACCAAUAUCAGUACCAAUGCUGUGAUCUCAACUAUGGAGAGAAACAGACGUUGCUAGCAGCCAUUUCCUCAGAUUGGUGGGCUACAGAUAAUGUUAGUUUUCUCCUGUGCAGUUUCUGUCCAGGGGCACACGUGGUUUAAAAGAAUGACCCAGUGGCUUUCCCCAAAGGCUUUUCUGAGGGUCUCACUGCUGCCCUCGUCUUCGCAGCCCCCUUGCCUGGAUGCGCUGGGAGCCGUGUCCGACAUCGCUGUGUGGUGUUAGAUGAGAUAAUAUUCUCAUCUAAGUCAUCUCACCACCUCAUGUUUUCUUAUUGUUAAAAGUGAAUGUUUUUCCAUUUCAGGAUGAAAGAAAGUGCUCCAGCUCCCCUGCCCUCUUGUAGGAGUGAGUUUCAUUUGUGGCCCUAGUUUGGAGUUGCUCAGACUGGCUUGUUGGCUUUCAUCGCUCUCUUUUAACA